AUGCCAUCCUUGCCCAAUGAAGGAGGUAGGCUUCCAUCUUGCAAAAAGCCUCGUAACUUGGUUAUAUUUGGUCAAAGACGGACGGUGCAAAAUUCCAAGGCCUGCCAAUGCCAUGUACAGGAUUGGGCAGUGCACAUGCACCUCCUCUACUGCAUAUGCCAUAAUGCAUGGCAUGAACCAUAUUUCUGAUCCCUGCCAUUCUUUCAUAUUAAAAGGGGGGGUGGGAGUGGCUAGUUCCAGGGUUACCUGAAUUAUGUGCUUCCUGAUGUACAUGCAUAUACACCGUGUUCCCCUGCUUAUGCUGUGUAUACAAAGUGGGAGAACCACACACGGUCUCACUGUUCCUUCAUGACCAAGGUGUAUUCUAAUUUGUAUUUUAAGAGAUUUUAUAAAACGCUCACAUUAUAUUAAUUCAGAGAGGAGGUGUGUAGAAAAACGAAAGUGCAAUAUGUUUACCCAAAAGAAUAAAAUAAACGGUACAAGACUGGAAGGUGAGCUGCGGACAGUAAUUUUAAAAUGCCAUUCAGAAAAGGCCUGGGCACCUGAAAUAGUCUUGGGCAUGCACCUAAAAAUAUAAAAUAGCCCUGCGCCUGCAUCUUGUUGGAGCAGGACUGAGACUGAGUGAGCUGUAAAUUGCUCCAAGAUGUUUGCAAUACCUUAUCGACCUAAACCAAAGGGAAGUCCUCCCUUUUUAAUUUGGUUUUUGUACUUUUGUUAUGCCUCCUAAGACCAGGUGACAAAGAAACUUACCUGUGUGUUCAGUUCACCUUUUGUAACCACUUGCGAGAACUUUGUGAUGGUGAUAUAGCAUUUUAUCCCCCCCUCCCUAUUUUUAAACAGAUAACCAAGGAACCUCUUCUCUGACUUUGAGCUCGGAGCUGCCUUACCAAAGCACAAUAAGGAGGAAAGUCAGAGAGAAGAAAAAACACGGAGCAAUCACUGCGAAUGUCGCUGGCACCAAAUAUGAGAUUGGUAGCAAGCUACAUAUUCUGCUUACCUUACAAUUAAAUUAUGUGAUAAGAAUAAAGAAAAGUGGAUGGAGCAAGGACAGUUACAUAGCUAAAAAAGCUUCCAGGUCAAAGUAUGAUAGAACGUGAUCCUAUCGCUAUUGUGGCUUGUGGGUUGCCAUGGGCAUCUGGUUGGCUACUGCGAGAAAUAACCAGGCUACUCGAAUUUCUGGUCUGAUCUUAUUAUGUUCUUAGGGAAUUGAUGAACCACCCUGGGAUCUUCAGAUGAAAUAUACAAAUUUAAGAUUAUAGAACUAUUAUAAUUAGCCACCGAGAGAAUAGCUCAGUUGGUUACAGCAUGGUGCUGAUAAUGCCAAGGUUGUAGGUUUGAUCCCCGUAUGGGACGCUUGAGUAUUAACUCAAUUGCAGGGGGUUGGACUAGAUGACUCCAAAUCUAUGAUUCUAUAAACCCAAACUGCCUUUAUGAAACUCCAAAUAUUUCCCCACCCGGGCACUGAUCAGGCCUACAGCCUGCAUCAACCUUUGCUGUAUGAGUCGCAAUUCCAGAUGUUUUGGAUGCAGAGUCAGCAGCCAGUCUUAGCCCCCUAAAACUCUGGUUUAUUUAUGCUUGGUUGAAAUGUCACCUGAGAGAGAAUAGCUCCUUAAAGGCUUAGUCCCAGUUCUGUAAGAGCUCGCACAUUUGCUGGAAUGUGUGCGUUAAGUGCCUUAUAUUAAAUCAUCCCAGCGCCAAACAUUUAAAAGGACUACUCACAGUGCAUUAAGCUCAACGCCUCACCCAUUUCACAUUAAUUUUACACAUGGCUUGCAAAAGAGCAGAGAGCGCAUUUCUUGCUGGGCCGGAGGUUGGCUUUUUACCUUCUGAGUUUAGUCAUAGGAAAUUAGGUCUUGGGGGCUUAUGACAAGGGUGCUAUCAUUUGAAUAGUCUUCCUGUAAUUACCAUUCAGAACGUCAUUCUCUGGAGGGGGUCGUAUGGCAGGUCUCCAGCUGCCCUUUCCGUAAAAAGAUUUCCAUACCCGUAGAAAUGCAACUGGGUCUUCUGAUAGUCCCUCUGUUUCAUCAUAAGACUCAAGCAUCGCUUUGUCAAGGCCUUUAGAAACCUAGGGAUAAACAACAGGAAGCAGCUGAAGCAGACCUCAGUAUUGUCUACCCUGACUUGCUGUGGCCCUCUAGGGGUUCAGGCUGUGUUCUCUCCCAGAUCUACCUGGCGAUGCUCUGACCUUGAGCUAUGGCUCUUCCAGGUUUGAUCCCCAUAUCGGACAGCUGCAUAUUCCUGCAUUGCAGGGGGUUACAUGGCCCUUCCAACUCUACAGUUCUGUGAUUCCCCUUUGCUCGUUUCACAGCUGUGACCUCUCCCCCUGCUUUGGUAUGUCAGGCACGAGCAAUCGCUCUACCAACCUCUUGUGUGCACACCAACAGAUUUCUGUUUGAUUAUUUAUGCCUAGAUAAGAAAUCACCCUUGUUUGUGAGGUCAACCUUCUCAUCCCGUUUCACAGCCAACAUAUUGCUUCCGAUCCCAUGUCAGAGAUGCAGCUGAGAACUAAAUAGGUUAUUCCUCAAUCAUUUUUGGUUGAGCGACAAGCUCUUGUCGGUUCCUUUAGCAAGCUAAUGUUUGCUCCCAGCCCCAGCAGCGCAAUGAUUAAAACUAUGCAAUCGGCAGGAUUAGAUUUGCAAAAUUAAAUAUCGCAAGGUGAGCAGCACAAGUUUUUUUUUAAAAAACCCCAAUAAUAGCCUGUGUGCUAGUACUGCUGUAUGACUAAAUUAUGUGUACUUUCCCUGGGAGUCUAGUUUGAUUUUUCCCCCCUUGUACCUAUUCCUCUCUUGCAGUACGCGUAGUAAUUGAAGAAAUGGGCUAUGUAAAGACUCGGGAUGAUGAUGAGACUGCAAAUCUCAUCUGGAGUGAUUGUGCUGUGCAGCAGGAAAAGAUCGCCGAGCUCCGAAACUACCAGGUACAAAGAAGAAAUAACUAGGUAGCCUUGGGCACCUUGAUCAGGAAAGUAGAAGAAAUAUUAACAUCUCUGUAUUGCUCAAACUUUGGUGUGUGUAGGGGGAGAAAUCUGUAUAUUUGAUUGUGCAUUCAUGAUUCUGUACCCAUUACCUUCUGCUGACAUAAUGGGAAGCAAGCGUUGACUUUCCUGUUGGCAGAGGUCUGCUAGAUUUCAUGGGGGGGGGGGGGUUGAUGUGCAAACUGAUUCUGCAUUUGGUGGUUGCACAUUUCUCUCCAUACACACACAGAGAUCCCUUUUUGCUAAUGUUUCACCACCUGAAGCUGAUGGACAGCUUCAGUCUUUCCUGUUCCCAAACCAAAAGCUGGUAACAUGAGAAAAGCACUCUCAGGCUUCUGUGCAUCAGUUAAAUACAGUAAGCAAGUGAAAGUGUUGGCAUGCUGAUUAUAUGUCUUCAUUCAAAUGGGCCCUUGCCCGAUCUGCGUGCCUAUAAGUCAGUCACUACUUCUCUGUAGAUGAGUUUACCCAGAUAUGCUCACCUGAAGAGCAGCCCACUGAUUCACCCUUUCCUCUGUGCUUAUCCACAAGCCUUUUCUCUCCCAUUGGCUUCAGUUUUCCUAAAAGGAAAUCUGAUUGCCCAAAACUGAGUUAAUAUAUUGAGUUCCACAAAGAGGUCCCAGUAACUAGUGUGCUUGGAUGUAAGUCUGGGAGAUCAGGGGUAGUCACCAUGGUUUUCCCCAGAAGUUCAGUUCCCAUCCUCCUUGGCCAUUGCCCCCUGGAGCUGAUGAGAAUUGUUUCCCACACCUUGUGGCCCAUGCUGGCUACCCCAAGUCUAGAUCCUGGCACGGCCGUGAACCCAACAUGGUGCCCCUUUUCUUCUCAUGCUGCUUCAUUUAAAGGGAAAAUGUUGAUAAUCCUCCAUGUGCGAUUGCUGUAAGAUUAAAUGGGCUUGGAACUAUAAGGCCCCAUACAUUGCUAUAAGUAGUAGGGGGGGGUCACAUCACUGCACACUUCAAAAGUUCGUGUGAGGGCGGUUGUGGAGCCGUGAAGGCUAACUGCAUCUCCACUACACGCCUCAUCUUAUUCCUCCUUUUGACACAGCAGUGGAACGUAGGGAUAUGGCUCUUGCAUGCAGCAGAAGUUAGGAGCAGCUCAUGCUAUAGCUCUCUUAUAUGGUCUUUCAGUGCUUGGCGGGGUGGGGUGGGGUGGAGAGUGAGUGCCUGAAACCCAGUACAGUGGUACCUUGGUUCUCAAACACCUUGGUACUCAAACAACUUGGAACCCAAACACUGCAAACCCGGAAGUAAGUGUUCCAGUUUGCAAACUUUUUCCAGAUGCCAAAAGUGCUCUGUUUUGAGUUGUUACGCUUCCAAUUUGAGUGUUACACUGAGGUCUGUCUGUUUUUGCUAUUUAUUUUGUGUUGGGGUUUUUUGCGGCUUUUUUGUUUUGUUUUUGUGAGUGUGUGGAACCCAGUUCAGCUACUGAUUGAUUGAUUGUGUGACUGCAGUACAUUAUUUAUUGCUUUCAUUUUAUGGAUCAGUGGUCUCAUUAGAUAGUAAAAUUCAUGUUAAAUGGCUGUUUUAGGGAUUGUUUUUAAAAGUCUGGAACAGAUUGAUCCAUUUUGCAUUACUUUCUAUGGGAAAGCAUGCCUUGGUUUUGGAACGCUUUGGUUUUGGAAUGGACUUCUGGAACAGAUUAAGUUUGAAAACCAAGGUACCACUGUAAUAAUUAAACAGGUCCAUGCUGUCUAAUAGAUUUCCAGCAUCUACCUAGCAUAAUUAAUAGUGGUCUCUUGUAGGUACUGAGUUCGUUACAAGUCUAAAAUAAAUUCUGGUAAGUUCAAUUGCUGACCCUUCCCUAACGUAUGUCUUUCCCUCUUUUCUCCCGCCAGAGAAUCAACCACUUUCCAGGAAUGGGCGAGAUCUGUAGGAAGGAUUUCUUAGCAAGAAACAUGACCAAGUAAUUUCCUUUUUAAUUUUUGUGUGUAAAGGAACGCAGGUUAAUAAACUCUUUUUUUUUUUUGUAAGGUAGCAUUGUUUUCUGCCAUCUAGGGACCUUGUGGAUCAGUUUUAGCCCCCGAGUUUUAUGAAGACCCUGUUGUGAAUGACAGAUGGCUGUGUAAUCACAAUAGUUAUGGGGAACGCUCUGAUUCAGAGUCAGCAGUUCUCUAGAAUAUCAUUUGAAUGGGAGAUACAGAAAGGGAGGACUGUUCCUUCCAUGCCCUACUUGUGAAUGUCUCAGGAGUAUCUGGUUGGCCACUGUAGGAAGCACAGUGUUGGACUAGAUGGGCCUUCUUAUGGUCUCCUCUUCUGAUGGACUUUCCUUAUGUUGUUAUUAGUGUGGCCCGAUCCUCUGGCUUGACUGGUUUGGGAACUGCUCUGCAUGCUAUUAUUAGCGUGGUAAAAUGCUUCCAAUAGCUGGUUAGCCCCAAAAUGGAAAGCGAGCGAGGUCCCAACUAAAGAAGAAUGGCAACUUAAGCUGAUGGAAUAUGCGCAGCUUGCACACUUAACAUAUAGAAGAAGAGAACUAGAAGAACAUACAUUUAAAGAAGAUUGGAAAAUGUUUAUUGAAUAUAUGGGGGGAAAUUGUGUACUCUUGGAAACGUUGGCAGCAUUAAGAUAAAUUCAACAGUGUAAAUAGGUUUUGUUGGGUGUAAUACUGAGUGGUUUAGUUUAUGUAAAACAUGCAGGGAUUUAUGAUAUGCAAAAUGAACCAUGGAAGAGAAGAAGGGAUGAUAUAUAUAUAUAUUCCAAUAGCUUUACCCCCAAAGUAGUAGGGAAAUCUUUCCAAGCAGCAGACAAGAAAUAAAAAGAUGGGUUUUGUAUGUAACCAUUUCCCCAGGUAUGUCUUAGUGCAUGUGUUCCUCAACUAGGGCAAAAUGCCCGUUUGGUUCUUGGAACAAUGUCUGGACCUUUGAGCGGUUCUGGUCCUUGCUGUUGUUGGGAUAUUGCCAAAAGGCAAUUUUCUGCACAGAGUCCUUUGUAUGGUCUUGAUGAGAGCUCCCUGCAUAAAGUGAAGGUUAUGAGAUCAGGUCCCUUAUUGAUAUCAGGUUAUUUCUGUGUGUGUUUGUGUCUGUGUGUGAAGAAUUAGGAUUUUGAACAAAGAUAUAGACCAAUGCAACACCUGCUAUCUAGCUCCUUAAUGCAGGGAUGGUCACCUAAAUUGUUUCGUGUGAACUGUGCGCUUUGGUUUGAUUCCCGAGAACCUGAGCUUUUCAAAUUAAAGACCAUGUAGCUUAAUGCAGAUCUGCAGAAAGAAAGAAAAAAUCUUGGGGGGAGAGAGGAAAACAGGCUAGGGGUGUGGAAUAAUGGCUCCAUCCAGUAACGCAGAUCAUUUCUGGUUCUGGAGCCCAACUCAGAGAAAAAGUACUAUUGGGGGAAAACAUUGUGAGGAGGGGAUAUGGCAUAGGUUGCUUGCAGGUGGUUAGCAUUCCUCAACUGCAUGUUCCUUUUUCUCUUAAAAUUGGGCCACUGACCCUCAUUUCUAUGAGGGUGGGACAGACCUGUGUUUAAAACAUGGGUCUGCCAUCUUGGCAUUUAGCUUAGCCAUAGAACAAAUGGGGGAAAAAAAGACUUGGGCAGAUUGAACAAUUUUGAUUCAUGGGCUUUCAGUUGCUCAACAGAGCUCGCCCCCCUUUCCUUGCCUUGUGCCCCUCAAAAUAGGGUCAGGCUGGUUGGGCGAUCCCCCCCCCCGAACAGCAUGCAGCGAGAGGCGGGGGAUUGUUCUGUCUGGCAGGCUGAAAUGCUCAUGCAGAUCCGACGUUUGUGCGACAUUGAAUCAUACCCAUUAAUUAUAGCGUAGCUGGGAGUUCAUUUUAAGAAAGCAUGCUGUAGAAGUGGCAAAACAAAUCUCCUCGCUUUUGUUCUAAAGAGGAUGUCUAGAGGCAACUGUGUGAAUGAAAAAAAAAAGGGAACAGCGACAGGCAUGACAAUAUAUCUGAGGACACCAGCUGCGAAAAUUGGAUUCGGCAACAAGCCCCAUUGCCCCAUAUUUUAAUCUCUUAUCUUCUCAAACCCCGCCUUGGCUUCAAAAAGUUAAUACAUUCUGAUGUGCAAUUCAGAGCUAUUAUAAAAUAAGGAAGUAGAUGUGCUUAGACUGUUGUCGUCUGUUGCAGUCGGCGUUUGGGUUUAAGGUACCUGCUUCCAUUUUGCCUUUUGCAGGGAGAGAGAGAGACAGAGAGAGAGAAAGAAUGAAUGCCUUCUAUUGCUAUAUAGGGCAUCCUGUCUAAUCUACAAGGCCUUAGAGCAGCUCUCGAUAAAGAGUCACUUGCUUUUUCAUAUCUCUAUUAUAUUAGAAAGGGCUGCCAAGACUCACAAGGCCAGUAAUAUGGAAGUGCAAGAAGAGAGGACCUGAAGCAGCACCAGAAUGAAUAUAGGAAGUGGCCUUAUACUGAGACAAACUAUUGGUCCAUCUGGUUCAAUAUCAACUACCCUGGAAGUAGCUUUCCGAAGGAUAUAGUAGGGAUCUUUCCUAACCGUAGAUGCUUUUGUUGAGAUUCCUGCAUUGCAGGGGGUUGGACUAAUUCAGUGGUGGCCAAACUCAGCCCUCCAACUCUUUUGGGACUACAUUUCCCAUCAUCCCUGACCACUGGUCCUGUUAGCUAGGGAUGAUGGGAGUUGUAGUCCCAAAACAGCUGGAGGACCAAGUUUGGCCACCACUGGACUAGACAAACCAUCAGGGUUUCUUCCAACUCUAUGAUUCUAUGAACUCCUUGACGUUCUUUGUUCAAAGGAUGUGGUCUAACACUGAGCCCUGGCCCGGUAGGAAAUCUGGGCCUAAAUUGAACAUAGGCCCCUUCUGAGCACAUCUUUAUAUUUUACACAUGUGCAGCGGCCAUCCUCUAGGUUCAAAUGGUAAUAAGACCAGGAUCACAUCUUUCCAUUUUAGGUGCUCAUAGUAUGCUCACCUUGAUUCCGAAAGGUGUAAGUCUUCUUUUGAUGAGUUUUGUCAUUCUGUGCAGAGAGGUAUCCUGAGCUUAAACUUGGUCCAGAAUAGGAGAGGGAAAUGUUCACAUUGGCAAGUUAAUUUCUUGGCAAGAAGGAAAGGUGGGACAGAGUUCUCUGGCAUGAGCUCCAUUAGCUUUCAUUCAAAAGGGGCUUACAUAAGUGGCCUGAGGCCCAGGCAAAGAUUGAAAGCGUCAGUAUUUCAGUUCUCUAGUGGAAAGAAUUGUUCCUAGGAAAAAGAAAGCUCCCAUAUGUGGGUUUCUUUCUUUCUGUGGAUUAUUGUCACUUUUGCUGCUAAUGAGAUUUCCCCAUCUUUUGUCUUGUGGAUUAGUAAGUGGGAAAGAGGAUCAGCUGUGUGCAUCAGCAUCCCUGAGCUCUGAAUUACUGAAACAACCACCAAGUGUAUGUGAGUCUAAUCUGUUAGAUAGCAUACUUUGGAUGAUACAAUACUGAGCCAUUGGCCCUGUUCCUACAACCAUGUUUAUCACCUGAUGACCAACAUGCACAAAAGACAUCACAAAUCACACUCAGUCACAAAGAGGGUUCAUAUCGCCUCAUGUGGAAUGCCUUUCAAUGGAUGGACACCCCGGAUUGAGUGAGAUGAAUUGGCAUUUCGUUUGAAUGAAAGAAUAAGUCCCUUUGUCACUUCUGUAGAAGUACAAACAUCAAAAAACCUAGCUGAGCUGCUAAACGAGACUGUAAUACAAUUUUGUGUGUGGUACCUCGGUUGUAAUCUGAGUCACUGCAGUGCCAGUAUUUGGAUCUAUAAUGAUCCUGAGCACAGCAAUAAAAAAAACUACAUUGGCAAUUGUGUUUUGUUGCGCCGUUAGCGAGUAGUUUCUGUGACAGGCUAUCUAUUGUACUGAGGCCUUGAUGUUCUUGGCUGCAGUCCUGGUUUUGCAGAUGUGCUUGUCAGUUUUUUCAACUUUCGUAACGAGGCAAGAAAUCUAAAGCACAGACCUCUUCUUUCCAAUGGCAGUCCUGCAUAAUCUCCUUGCGGAAUCAAUACAUUGCAUCCAAAGCUCUUAGGUUUUUGUUUGCUGUCUACAUGCCGCACGGGGUGGCAUAGUGCACAUGUUUCUUCUAAUGUUUCCCUGCACAAACAACUCUUUAAAUACCUCAAACUUCAGGCAUAUUAAGGUUCACCUUUACGUCAGAAGUAUCAGUGAAUGGAAUGAGCAAUAAUCCCCAUGAAUGUGUUCCUGCCUUAGUCCUCUGUAAAUGAAGGAAUAAACUGCAAAUAGUGUAAAUGGUACAAAUUCUAUUCCUUAAGGGUUUCCCUGUGAGUUGUUGGAGGACGUUUCAGACUGUACAAUACAUAAUUGAACUCAGGAAAAGAGAAAAAUCCAUGCAUCCAAAUAUUAAAUAGCAAAUCCCCUUUUGACUUUUCUGUAAUCCUGCUGUUGUUAAGUUAAUAAUGUUCUCUGUCACGUCGGCAAACCUUUGUGCUGAUACUACACGUUACAGGUUGUUUUUGUGUCGUUUUGGUACGUACCCUGUUCAUAUUGAUGACCUUCAGUGGAAUACGAUGUUGUGUAAGCGAUCCUCCUCUCAUACAAUGGGACUUCCUCUUCCUCCUCUCUCCCCUGCAGCCUGUGCACCUCCCAGAAUCUGCUCUGGAAGGUUCCUAAUUCUCUAGAGCAGAUUUUGAGGGCACUGCGGGGAGAGGUAAGUCAAGGCUAUUGUGCAAGCAGAAGUCCAUUUCCCUCUCACGCAGACUGUGUUAAAUACAACCCAUUUGCUCCAGUGGAACAGUUGGAGGCCCAGACUGUUAGUAUCUGAUACUGAAACAUAGCAGGCUUAAGCUACAAAAUAUGAAAACUCUUCUUUCUUUCUUUCUUUCUUUCUUUCUUUCUUUCUUUCUUUCUUUCUUCUUCCUCUUCUUCCUCUUCUUCUUCUAUUUUUUUUAUUUAAAAGUUUUACAGACAUACAGAUCUGAUAAUUUCCCGACAAACACAUAUGUUUUGACUUUCUUCCACCCCUUUUGCAGUUUCUUAUAGUUUUAAUUUUUUAACACUGCAUUUCCUACAUUGUUCUGUUUAUUACCUACUCCCCAAUUUAUCUUUAGUAUUACAUUUAACCAGUGCUUUUUUCUGGGGGGACGCAGGGGUACGCAUAACCCUAAACAUUUGGUGAAUCUAAGUUUGGCCUCAUUGAGGGGCAGUAUUUCAAUAUGAGUAGGAAAAUGAGAGCACCCCUAAACAUUUGUUUAAUAGAAAAAAAGCACUGCAUUUAACUGCUUGUUUUAUUUUAAUCCUGCUAACGAACUUGCAUGUUUACAAAAACUUGUCCAGUGUUCCACAGAUUCCCCCCCAUUCUUUAAUAAAAUUUCUUUCUUUCUUGGUUUCUUAUUGUUCUGGUAAGUUCUGCCAUUUUGGCAAUUCUUCUUCUUCUUUUCCCCAGAAUGAUCAAAUCUCAGCCUCAGGAGUACAGCUUUAUUCCUCGGACGUGGAUCUUCCCAGCAGAGUACACACAAUUCCAGAAUUAUGUAAAAGAACUCAAGAGAAAACGUAGACAGAAAACAUUCAUCGUCAAACCAGCUAACGGUGCAAUGGGGCAUGGGUAUGUGCAGGGUUUAAAGAAGCUUCUUUAAGUCAGCCUCCUCCAACUUGAUGCCUGCCGGAUGUUGCUGGACUACAACUUCCAUUGUCCAUGAUCAUUGGAUGCCUUGGCUGGGGCUGAUGGGAGGUGGAGGCUGGGGCUCAUGGGAAGGCUGCUUACAGAUUCUUCAAUCUUGUGUUUCACCUGCUGUCACUAUUACUGUGAAUUGCGCUGAAUAUAGAUUGUAGUGUUCUUUGUAAAUAUGACCCAUGGAUUUGGAAAUAACAACAAUGAUGUGAAUCGGAUUUUUCAUACAAUAGUAAAAACUGUCACACGCAUUCGUUUUCAUUUGCUUUUUUCGUUUCUUUUUCUUUCUCUCUUUUCAAAUAUGACAAAUAUGCAGCUGAGGUCAAUUCUUUAUCUUACAAGAGUACCCAACAUAGUUAAAGUUGUUUGCCCAGGCUUAGCAGCAAUAAAUGAUUUUUAGUAAUUUUUUAGUAUGAAAUGGUGUAAUAGGGCGAAAUAAUUCAUGCUCGUUUCCAGCAUGGUUUCUUUUAAAUAAAGCUUCAACCAUUUUCCAGGGCAAGAUUUUUUUUAAAGGUAAUGUGAGAGGCCAAAGGGACGUGGGUGGCGCUGUGGGUUAAACCACAGAGCCUAGGACUUGCCGAUCAGAAGGUCGGCAGUUCGAAUCCCCGCAACGGGGUGAGCUCCCGUUGCUCGGUCCCUGCUCCUGCCAACCUAGCAGUUUGAAAGCACGUCAAAGUGCAAGUAGAUAAAUAGGUACCGCUCCUGCGGGAAGGUAAAUGGCGUUUCCGUGCGCUGCUCUGGUUCGCCAGAAGCGGCUUAGUCAAGCUGGCCACAUGACCCGGAAGCUGUAUGCCGGUUCCCUCGGCCAAUAAAGUGAGAUGAGCACCGCAACCCCAGAGUUGGCCACGACUGGACCUAACGGUCAGGGGUCCCUUUACCUUUACCUUUUUAUGUGAGAGGCCAUAGAAAUGUAAUUGAUGGCACUCAUAACAAAGCAGCUAGAUGGACUCUCUGGAGAACCUUAUGACUUAAAAAGCUGAUUUAAUUCCUUAACUUGCUGAUUUUACUUCAGUCAAUGAGCACAAUCUCCAGUGGUGACAAUGAAGCCACACGUGAAGGGAUCACCAUAGCACCCUUGGUCCUAAAUGUGUUGGAGAUCAUUUUGCAUUGCUUUAGUUUAAAACCAGGCUUCAAAAGCAAGGGGACUUAUCUGAGCUCUUGGGAACACCAGAACAUGUGGCUGACAAUUCAGAGUAUUAGUGCUGGCCUUUAAAUCCCUGUACGGCUUUGGCCCUGUAUACUCGAAGGAGCGUCUCUCACUGAGAGAAGUGAGGUUACAGGGAACCAGGCUGAGGGCCUUCUCAGUAAUGGCACCUGCCCUGUUGAACUCCCUCCCAUCAGAUGUCAAGGAGAUAAAGAACUAUCUGACUUUUAGAAGACACCUGAAGGCAGCCCUCUAUAGGGAAGUUUUGUGUUUGUCGUAUUGUGUUUUAAUUUCUUGGAAGCAGCCCAGAGUGGCUGGGGUAACCCAGUCAGAUGGGCAGCAUAUAAAUAAGUUGUUGUUGUUAGUUAUGUAUGGCCUUAGACACCCCUUGCUAGCCUAGUGCCCUCUAGAUGUUACCGGACUACAACAUCUGGAGAGCACCAAGUUGAUGUCUUGUUAUAGCAAGUUACAAAGCUCAGUUUCUGAACUGAUGGGGUCAUAUGAUCUGUCAGAGCUGUAAUUGUAUUUCUGAGGGUUUACUUAACUUUCUGUGUUUAAAACUUAUCUUUGUGCCUUUUAACCAGGAUCUCCCUCACAAGAAAUGCAGAGAAGCUUCAUUCUCAGGAACACCUCAUAGUCCAGGAAUAUCUUGACAAGCCCUUUCUUAUUGAAGGCUACAAAUUUGAUCUAAGAGUGUACAUUCUGGUGACUUCCUGUGAUCCCUUAAAAAUAUUUUUAUAUCAUGACGGGCUAGUGAGGAUGGGCACAGAGUUGUAUCAUCCCCCCAAUGAUUCAAAUCUGGUAAGUGGUUCUUGGGAUCAAACAAAACACUUCUGAGUGCAGCACAAAAUAGUUUAGGUGCCAGAAGAGGAAAAGGAAAUGAAAUUUUGAGCAAAAAACAGUGCACAAUUUAGUUAGGCAAAUUCUAGUCCUUGUUCACCUGGGUCACCUUGUGUUGGAGCCUGUGAUGCACAUCAGCUAGCUAAUAAGAUACAGACUCGGAAAACGCUGUUCACAUGUUCCUUCAGGAUCACACGUUUAACAUUUUGUUGUGUGUGGAAACAAGGCUAUGCCUGUGGAUUCCACCCCCUAACCAUCCCUGCUUGCCCCCCAUCUAUGUACUGGGAAGGUCUGAAAUGGGAGGUGGGGAGCUUUCUCUGGAUGUGUGAUCUCUACUGUGACUUGGAACCAUGCAAGUAGAACAGACUCUCCCCUUCGAGCCUUUUUCCAGUCCGUGGACAACAUGAGUGUGUCGUGACCUUCAGCUCUAGCUUUUCACCCUCGUGGCUGUAAAUUCAGAGAGAGAAUAUCAAACUGGAAGAGACACUUGUCCUUGGAAGAAGUUCCAGAUGUUCCCACUGCCAUGGAAACUCCAGAACAAGAGAAUCCUAUGUUGUUGACAUCUCUCUGGCCUUGGGAUAGUUGCAAUGAUACAGAAAAUACAAAUUGUGCCUUGAGAAAGGACCGUUAAGCUACAUACUUGGAUCUUGCAGUGGAAAGGCCUUGCCUCAUUUUCUUGUUGCUAUCCCAAUAGCAAUGUUUUCUGAGCGGCUUUCAUUAUCAGUAAAUGUUGAAGUGCAGCUGCUAAGCUUAAAAUGAUGAGGCAGCAGAUUUACCAAGGAUUUCAAAGAUUAGGGCUGCAGUCCUAAUGUGUGUUGGGGGUGAAGGAGAACCAAAUGCUCACCUGAGCUGCCUCAUCCAGUACACUUCUAGGCUGGAAGUGAGGAUGCAGCAGCCAUCUUGUAUUUAAUCAUUUUCUGCUUUUAAAAAAACCAACAACCCAAUUUUCCUUUCACUUGGAACAGUGGGAAAGAAAUAACUAUGAUACCUCCUAGGUCAGCAUAGUUUUCUCCUUAAUUUAGUGUGUGUCUGGUGACCAGGAAGGUGUGGGAUCCUUCAGAUCUACCCCAUUCCUUGGCCCACUCCUGAAGUUGCACCCUUUGGGGGAGUUUGAACAUCAGUAGGACAAGGGACACAGAUGUUUUUGCAGUGGCAGGGAAGAGGCGCCAGACACUGAGUGUCCCUCUUUGUGGUCGGAGCUCUCACUCCACCCUCUUAGAGGGAAAUCUUCCUAUGGAAAGCAAGUAUGGUGUAGUGAUCAGGACAAUGGACUUGGACCCGGGCGACCAGAAUUCAAAUUCCCAGCCGACCCAUGAAAUUCACCAAGUGACCUUGUUCCAGUCAUGAACUCUGAUUCAAACCUAACAGGCAGUGCUAUUGUUCUAGAGAAAGAGGUGCCAGAACUCGCAACGAACACCUCCCUCAUACUCUUUGAAUGGCAGUGGAGCCUACAUAUGAGCUACCGGAACUGAGUUUCCAGAGAGUUCCAGCUAGAAAAUAGCCCUGCUAACAGGGCCGAUGUGAGGAUAAUAUGAGGGGGGGUAUUAAUUACACAACCUUGGCCUCCUGUGGGAUAUAACUGGCAUUAAUAAGUAAGUACGGUCCUUGGGACACCCUCCUAAGGACCAUCAUAUGACUGUAGAAAUGAUCUUAAAAGGCCUGGAAUAAAAAUAAAUUGGUGUUUUCCUGUCACCAGAUGGAACCCAAAGGAGACAAGCAACACGCAACUUUGGAGAAAGCUGGAGGGCUAAGAGUGAGAAGGAUCUUUUCCCAGUAGCCACCUGUGGCAUGUCAAUUGGUGGCGGUACCCAGAGAAAGGCUUACCUCAGAUUAAUGUCUGUGAACUGUCUUUGUACCUGUAGCUCAGUAGCGACCCUUUCCUAUCUUCCCUUCCUUUCAGAGCCAGCUGUUUAUGCACCUGACCAACUACUCUGUGAAUAAGCAUAAUGAGCGUUUUGAGCGGGACGAAACAGAAGAUAAAGGCAGUAAGCGCUCUAUAAAGUGGUUUACUGAGUUUCUGCAAACAAAUCACCUUGACGUUUCCAAAUUCUGGAAUGAUAUUUCAGUAAGAGAAAACUAAUAAUGCAAUAGCUGUUUUCGAUGUUUAUGUUGGCCUAUUACGAGUGCUCCUCACUUCUUGACUUGGACUGGGACGCAAUCUGGUUUUUGACUCAUUGCAGGUUCUUCUUUGGAUGCACAUUUUUAUAUAGCUAAAUUGUUUGGCAGAGUGCAAACCCGAUGCUGUUUCAUACAAAGCCUUCUUUCAAGGCUUGAGGCUGGGAAAUUGACACAAGAAUCAGAUUGUUUCAGCCGAGUGACAAACGCAUUAAACGAAAUUCAGUUUGUUUAUGUGCCCUUGUGAUUUAGAGUGAAACCAGCUGUUGAUUAGAUUCCUUAAUUCUGCACAGUCAGUCUUGUCUCUUGUAUUUGAAUGUGUAUUGCUUAAUGCCUUUUGGUGAUCUAAAGUGAAACAAAAUAACACCUAGAUAAAUAACGAUGCUGCUUUCGCCCUCUCUCUCUUCUCUGCACAAUCCCCCAGGAACUAGUGGUGAAGACACUCAUAGUAGCAGAGCCCCAUGUCCUUCACGCUUACCGUAUGUGUAGGCCAGGACAGUCUCCAGGAAGUGACAGUGUUUGCUUUGAAGUUCUGGGGUUUGAUAUCCUGCUGGACAGAAAACUCAAGCCAUGGCUCCUAGAGGUAAGCUGCUUUAAAAUAAUAACAAUAAUAAGACAAGAUCAGAAGGUCGGCGGUUCGAAUCCCCGUGAUGGGGUGAGCUCCCGUUGCUCGGUCCCUGCUCCUGUCAAUCUAGCAGUUCGAAAGCACCUCAAAGUGCAAGUAGAUAAAUAGGUACCACUCUGGUGGGAAGGUAAACGGCAUUUCCAUGCGCUGCUCUGGUUCGCCAGAAGCGGCUUAGUCAUUCUGGCCACAUGACCCAGAAGCUGUACACCAGCUCCCUCGGCCAAUGAGCGCUACAACCCCAGAGUCGGCCACGACUGGACCUAAUGGUCAGGGGUCCCUUUACCCUUUACCUUAGACAUGGAGGAGAAGACUAUCAUCAGCCACUAGCCAUGAUGGCUAUGUUCUACCUCCACUGUAGAACACCAGUUGCUAGGAAUCACAUUUGGAGAAAGCUCUGCUGCACUCAGGUCUUGCUUUGGUUGGCCACAGUGAGAUCAUUGUGCUGGACUAGAUGAACCAUUGGUCUGGAGAUGCAAUGAGGUUGAGGGAAUGUUCUUUCAUAUGUGGUAGACCUGUAAAAUGGUAAAGAGUAUUGGGAAAUAAUUCAAAAUGAAUUGGAGAAAAAUGUUUAAAAGUACGUUUCCAAAAAACCAGUGUCCUUUUUGUUGGGUGAUAAUUCAGACAGAAAUUCCCAGGUGUCAAAAAAGGUUAUUUACGUAUGCCACUACUGUGGCCCGUGUUUUGUUAGCCCAAAAAUGGAAAACCGAGCAAGGUCCCAACUAAAGAAGAAUGGCAACUUCAGCUGAUGGAAUAUGCGCUGCUUGCAGACUUAACAUAUAGAAUAAGAGAACUAGGAGAACACACGUUUAGAGAAGAUUGGAAAAUGCUUAUUGAAUAUAUGGGGGGAAAUUGUGUACACUUGAAAAUGUUGGCAGCAUUAAGAUCAAUUCAGCGGUGUAAAUAAGUUUCGAUGGAAUGCUGAAUGGUUUAGUUUAUGUAAAAUAUGCAGGGAUUUAUGAUAUUCAAAAUGAACCAUGGAAAGAGAAGAAAGGAAGUCAUUGAUAUUUUAACAGAAAAAUGUAAUAAAAAUUACCAAAAAUAAAAUAAAAUAGAUGGGCCGUUGGUCUGCUCCAUUAGAGACCAGACAUUCUUAACAGUUUGUAAGUGUUACAAAAAGGAUGCAAUGCGAAAUCUCUGAACCAUGUGCGAAAACAGCCAGGUCAUUGAGCAAAGCUAACCCAUAUACCAGCAUAUACCCAGUAGAACUAAUCAUAGAAGGUCUUCCUGGAAGAGAGCUUUUCCACAGUGCACAAAAGAGCUCAAAAGAGGUGGUGAUUUAAAAUAUGAAUGGGUUUUAUCAAUGCUCGGGAACUCCCUUUUCAAGAAACAUCCCCCACGUUCAGAGGGAGCAAGUGUAGACAAGUCAAAUAUUUGCUCCCUCUUUGUCCUGGCCUUGUGUCUUGUUUUAAAGAUGGAAGUGCUUGCACCAUCUAGUGGAAGAAACAUGGAAGAUUAUCCUGCAAGCAGAGCAGUAGCGUCUCAUCUGGAACAUUCAUUUUAUUAGCUAGUUUAUUUCUAUUAACUAAUUUUAUUAACCACUGGCUUGGGAAGCAGUUUUCACACAUUAGUCACCUUCCGUGUCUAUCCUGUAGUUCCUUAUGAAAUACUGUGUUUUGAUGCAUUUACCCCAAAACCACCUUUGAUCUGAAAUGAGAAAACUCAUUUUAAAGAUGGUAAUACAUACAUAGCCUAAUACAUCAAUAGCUGCAUUUCUUCAGAUACACAGUCCUUUUGUUUCCAUGUUGAAUGCAUCUCAGCAUGCCUCUUCAGACUCCCCGUUGUUUCUGAACUGAACUGUGGUUCAAGCGUUUUUAUUUUUGUAUUUUUUAUCGGCUGCAAUGUUUUAUGCGAACACUGUGUAGUACAUAAGAGUGGGACAGAAAUGUCCUACAUGAAAUCAAUGAACCGGUCUUCCAGUUUAUGCUGUCUAGAGCUUCCUCGCGAGAGCAGUGGUUGCAUGACAUCUUUUGCUUGUAAGUGGGAGAGAGAACGCCCUUGUCAACACAAGAAAUUGUCCUAGCACAGGACUAGAUUGAAGAGAAUGAUAUGCUGUGCUGUCAAAGGAGGAUAUGCAAAAGUUGAGAGUCAAUGGCGAGUCCAGAGAGGAAGAAGACAGAGGAGGGGAAGGGCAAGAGAAGGAAGAGUGUGCAGCUGAAAACUGGAUGAUGAACAUGGCAGGUUGGAAGCAGAUUCUAGACACAGCCUUGAUCCUAGAUGGACAAGGGGAAGCAGUGGCUAGGAGUGCUCAUCUGCGUCCACCAUUCACACGUCCUUUCUUCAAGAAGCUUAUAAUGUAUGUGAUAGUCAUGUCCCAGUGGGAUUGUUAACAUGCUCUACUCAGGUUUGAAAGCUUCUGUUGCUCUGGAAUGCAGCUGCCACACUGUUAACUGAAGCUGGAAAAGUUAAACCUACAGUCCUAAUAUUCCAUCAUAUGCACUGGUUUCCACGCAGAUGGCGCUGUGGUCUAAACUACUGAGCCUCUUGGGCUUGCAGAUCAGAAGGUCGGCAGUUUGAAUCUGUGACAGGGUGAGCUCCCGUUGCUCUGUCCCAGCUCCUGCUAACUUAGCAGUUCAAAAGCACACCAGUGCAAGUAGAUACCGUGGUGCCUCGCAAGACGAAAUUAAUUCGUUCUGCGAGUUUUUUUGUCUUGCGAAUUUUUCGUCUUGCGAAGCACGGUUUCCCAUAGGAAUGCAUUGAAAAGGAAACAAACUUGCAAGACGUUUUCGUUUUUCGUCUUGUGAAGCAAGCCCAUAGGGAAAUUCGUCUUGCGAAGCAACUCAAAAAACGAAAAACUCUUUCGUCUUGCAAGUUUUUCGUCUUGUGAGGCAUUCGUCUUGCGAGGUACCACUGUAGAUAGAUGCUGCUGUGGUGGAAAGGUAAAUGGCGUUUCCGUGCGCUCUGGUUUCCGUCAUGGUGUUCUGUUGCACCAGAAGUGGUUUAGUCAUGCUGGCCACAUGACCCGGAAAGCUGUCUGGAAAACACCAGCUCCCUCGGCCUGAAAGCAGAGAUGAGCGCCACAACCCCAUAGUUGCCUUUGACUGAGCUUAACCGUCUAGGGGUCCUUUACCUUUUUGUUUUUUAAUGGUUUCCACACAAAAAACUGAAGGCGUCCCUUUUGACUUCAAUGUUCCGGACAGUUUGAAUGACACAGUUCAGAUCUAUCCAAACCUACCCUGAUAAUCUUCUGAUGCCCUGGGCGGACAGACACAAGAGACAGGGCCCUCUUCGCAGUGAUGCCAAGACAGUGAACUUCCCAAGUCAAGCAGGAAGGCAUUAUCCAUGGGCUAAGAACCCUCAAUAAUCAAGAAAUUUGGUUCCUCAGUGUUUGCACUCCUGGGGAUGAUUCAAAGUGUGUUUUUGGUGAACACAUGAAGAAUCUCCAUUCAGACCUUGGAGGUGAAGCUGGGGGGGGGGGGUUGGGGAUGUUGGGGCCUGCACGCAUGCACCCCCCAAUUAUUUCCAAAUAGUUUGGAAUAAUGCUUGAGAGUGUGGGUGUUUGGCAUUUGAAAGCUGGGCCCCAGUGUUAUGUCUCUCGGUUAUUUUGUGGAUUAAGACAUUCCUGGAGAUGUUCUGUCGUCUUUAAUUUUUUCAGAUUAACCGAGCCCCGAGCUUUGGUACUGACCAAAAAAUAGACUAUGAUGUGAAAAAAGGUGUCCUGCUGAAUGCAUUAAAGCUGCUCAAUAUAAGGUAAAAUUUCAUUUCCCCUGUUGUUCUUUUUGUUAGUGGUUUGUUUGUUUUUUUGAAGGGGGAGGCAAUAGAGAUACAUUUACAUCAUGAUGUACCAAAGUCAUUGUAAAUGCUUCAUAGGAAACUUGUGGUUUAUGUUAAAUUCUUCUGAGCCAAAUUUAACUUCGUUCCCUCAUCAGAAGAUAUGUUAGUUAAUUUUUUUUUUUUUUGAUGUGGGAACUGUAGAAGGCCCAGGCAAUGUCUUCAGACAGCACUCUGAUUUAAAUUUGCUACCCACAGUAGGAAGAUCUCAUGUUGGGGCUAAGUUAAGUCAUGAGAGGGAGGAAAGGUGACCAUAUAGUGUCAUGAGAGGGAGUAAAGGUGACCUUAUAGUGACCAUAAAGAUGGUAAAGGAAAAGCCUUGCUCUUUUCCUGUCAUCAAAGGGAGCAUACCUUAUCUCCCAAAUUCUGCUUCCUUGGCACACAAUACUACGGACCUUUGACAAAUUGCAUCUCCCCCUUUCUUUCUUUUUAGCUAUAGUAAUAUGAAUUUGUCUUCAUUCUUUUCUUUUAUUCAUUUCAAUUUUGUGAUCUUUGGCUGUUUAUUGAGACCUCUAACAACUUCAUUUAACAGAAGCUUUCUGGUGCCGUUUGAAAUCCAAAUUCCUUCAGACGUGCACAUUCUGUUGGGUUAGCUCAGUGCUAUGGCAGUCUGAGAGGGAGCAAUUAAUAAAUGAGAGAAAACUGCAAACGAGAGGAAAGUUUUUGCAGUUUUCCAUCCUACUUUUUAGAAUGCUUUCAGCUGUAAAUGUUUUAUGGGUGCCUCCCCCCAUGUGAUGCAUUUCCUUCGCUGUCCUCAUUGGUGUGGAUUAUUUAUUUGGUUAUAUAUAUAUAUAUAUAUAUAUAUAUAUAUAUGAAUGAUUGGCAAUCGGAAUGAUUGGGAAUCGGAGAAUUGGAGCAGAAAUGUACCGGUAGCUAGCUUUCUUUUUUAUUUUCCUUCUGGCAUGAAUCGAUUUCUUGUGUGGUUAUUAUUUUUUAAGUUGUUGUAAUAAAGAUGCAAUAAAAUACCACAACUUGAUAAAACGCCACCGUAAAAUAGAAAAAGGCAAACACAUUCCCGUUCCAAGAUCCGUUCUGCUGACUCUAGCUUUUACAUUCCUCAAACGAAGCUUUCCAAUCCCAUGCCUUUAAAUUCUCCUCUUCCAGUUAAGCUCCUUUCCCUGUACCUGGCCCUGAAUACCUUCCUCCGCCUUUUCCUGAACUGCCGUUCACAGAGGAGAUGGGCUGAAGUGGCAGCUUCUAUUCCUGCCACUGCUGCUGGCUGCUUGCCUGUUCAUCCCCAAGGGCACGUAGAUAAACGCCAUUGCUUUCCCCCCCCCUGCCCUGCAUUCUCCUGGCCUGCAGCUGAUCCUCAGUGUCCUUCCCACUUUCUUGGAUGGCGGCCUGCCUUUUCUGGCUGUCCCAGCAAUCUUCCAGUAUGUAUCUGAGCUCUUGGGAACACCAGAACAUGUGGCCGACAAUUCAAAGUGUUGGUGCUGACCUUUAAAGCCCUAAACAGCCUUGACCCUGUAUACUUGAAGGAGUGUCUCCACCCCCACUGUUCGGCCCAGGCACAGAGGUCCAGCGCUGAGAGCCUUCUGGCGGUUCCCUCAUUGCAAGAAGUGAAGUUACAGGGAACCAGGCAGAGGGCCUUCUCGGUAGUGGAACCCACCCUGUGGAGCGCCCUUCUAUCAGAUGUUAAGGAGAUAAAUAACGGUGCACCUUUUAGAAGACUUCUGAAGGCAGCCCACUAUAGGGAAGUUUUUAAUAUUUGAUGUUUUAUUAUGCUUUUAUAUUUCUUUGGAAGCCGCCCAGAGUGGCUGGGGCAACCCAGCCAGAUGAGUGGGGUACAAAUUGAAGUGUGGGUGGGUUCCCACAAGACAAGACAUAGUGAUAACAGCAAGGACCUUUAUUGAACUACAUAACUGAACAACAGAGACAUAGCAACUGCUUAUAUACAUUUCUGAAGACCUGGGCCACUCCCACUCCCAACGUGAUUGGCAGUCUAAACUUCCAAACUGCGAAUCAUCACUUGGAGUUUAAGGGCCAAUGGCAGAGGCCCAAAUCUUGAAAUGUUCUGUGAUUGGAUAUCAUGUAUCGAAUCAGAACACAGGAGCUCAGAAUCCUUAGUCCAGACUCAAGGUCAGGCAAACCCAGACCACUGAAUACAUAACACAAAUAAUAGAAUUAUUAUUAUUACUAUUAUUAUUUAUUAGAGUGUGCAGGCAAGCAGCGAAGAGCGGCUGCUAUUGAAAGGGAGGGCAGGCAGCUUCUGCUCACACUGCCAGUCAGUUCCUUGGUACAGCUGCCAGUGCCUCCGCUCUUCAUUUCUCAGGCAAUGGGAGUUGAGGAAAGGAACCUUCCCUGCUCUGAGGAAGCUCAUGGAGGACACCUUUCUCAGAGGCCUCUGAAACCUUGAACCAUCCCUGACGGUGAUGGUGACUGUGGAUGUCGGGUGGGGGGAGGGGAAGACACUUCCCUCACCUCCCAGCAGGUGCGUUGCCACUGCAAACUCACCGACAGGCCCCUAUGCCAUGAUUUUUUUUGCCCAGUGGCUCCUAUGCACCAAACUGUUUUAAAGGCCUAGGAGAAGGUGAGACCAGAUGGCACCCCUCUUUGAUGGAAGAAGAAGAAGAGUUUGGAUUUGAUAUCCCGCUUUAUCACUACCCUAAGGAGUCUCAAAGCGGCUAACAAUCUCCUUUCCCUUCCUCCCCCACAACAAACACUCUGUGAGGUGAGUGGGGCUGAGAGACUUCAGAGAAGCGUGACUAGCCCAAGCUCACCCAGCAGCUGCAUGUGGAGCAGAGAAGCGAACCCAAUUCACCAGAUUACGAGUCUACUGCUCUUACCCACUACACCACACUGGAUACAUUGUUUCUCUUUCAUCGCUGUGCUUUUCUGUUUCAGGACAAGCGAUAAAAGAAAAAACCUAGCCAAGCAGAAAGCAGAAGCUCAGAAGAGGCUUUAUGGCCAAGGCUCCAUGAAAAGGCUGUCGCCGGUGUCUUCUGACUGGGAGAAACAGCGCCGUUCCCUGGAAAGGAGGAGAGAGGAACUGGUAGAUUGCUUUGCUCAAAUAAAUGAAUAAGCAAGCCUCUGUUUUCUUCCCUUCCUCAAGGAACAUGUUUGAUCAUUUCUUAAAUGUUCUUGAUUUUCAGAAGGAGAGACUGGCACAAGUGCGCAAGCAGAUCUCUAAAGAAGAGCAUGAAAACAGGCACAUGGGGAAUUACAGGUAGCUAUGUCAUCUGGGCUUCCUAUCAGGAAUAAAUCUUGGGUACCGUUGCUUUGUAGCAGGUGAGCGUGGUGCCUCAAUCCCAUUUGUGCAAAGGUGCUUUUCUGUCAGUGGCUGAAAGGGAUGGCAUGGAUAUGACUAGGAAGUGCUGCCAGUUAUUGAGUUUAAAAAUAUUUACCACCAGCAGGAAGAUUUACAUCUUGUGCAGAGGGCAGGUGUAACACUGUUUCGCCACAAUCUGCAAUUUGGCAGAAUCGGGAGGUGACCUGGGAGACAGACAUUUCUUGUCCUUCCUUUGUCCAGAGUGAAUUUCUUUCUCUGCCCGCCUGCCCUGGUUUUAAAUCUUGGUCAAGAUGAGAGGUUGUCGACCGUAAUUAUUGAGAGUGCGUAUAUUAUUCUACAGCUAUGAUCAAAAGUAAUAAGAAGCAUGGGGGAAUUUGCUGCGGGUUAGGGAGGAGGGCGAGGAAGGAACCAUGCGCUGCUAUGGCUGGUUCCAUAUUUGCAAACUAUUGAAUUCAGGAAGCCUGCACCCCCAGCCUUAGAGAUGAAAAGGUUAUUGUUUUAGUGAACUGCUAGUUUAUAAUACUCAGCAAAUAAUGUCAGUCAGGUUUGCUUUUGUUUUGGCAUUUACAUUAUGAUUCUUUUAAAUUGUCUUUUCGUAAACUUUGUUAGGAACUUGAUAGGUGGACAGAAAAAGACCUGCAAUAACUAACUAACUAACUAACUAACUAAUUAACUAACACAAACAUAAGACCCUGGAUUACCACUCUAAUUGACUGUGAAAUAUAAAAUUACUUAUUUCCAGAAACUACAGUGAAAACAUCCAUUGGGUACUCUGGUGAUUUCUGUCCCUGAAUAUAUUUCUUUCUUUUCUUUUCUUUUUUUUGCAAACUCAGAACAAUAGGGUUGAAUUAUGAAAGCAAAAUAUUACGGAUUUUUUUAAAUGAGACAGAUCAUGUUAUGCUUUGCUAUUAAAUGAUAGUGUACCUGAUGAAGUAAGGUGUGUUUUAAUAGAGCUUAUUCCCAGUCGUGCUUAGGAUUGGAUCUGUAAAUCACAGAAGAGGCAGCAGCCUUUCCCAGUCCAGUUUCAAACUGUAUUCCAGAGACCCCUAGCUUGCCUGGAUAGCUUAUCAGGAGCUUUUUACAGUCAGAAGAUUGGUAUUGGUGGACAACCGCCCUUGAAAGGCAGCUUUCCAAUCAUAGGUACAUAGGAAGUUGACUUGCACCAAGACAGAAUAUUUAUCCAUCUAGCCCAUUAUUUUUUUACUCCAACUGGCCUGCCACUCUCAAGGGUUUCUCCCAAAGAAUCUUCUUUAUCAUCUUACCUGGAUCUUUUAAGUAAAGUUGGCAGGGAUUGAACCUGCAUGGCCUCCACCCCAAAGCUGAAACUUGCCCUGUAGUCAGUCUUGCCUUGAAACGCACAGCCACAGGGAGGUGUUGAGCAUCCUUGGGUGCUUCCUCUGCUCAUUUAGGACAAUGAAAUGUCCAGUAGACAUGGGCACUUCAACGGUGGGUCCACAGGAUUCCUGUAGUCCUUUGUCCGCCGGGACCACAUAACACCGGUUCUGAGAGAUCUGCAUUGGCUCCCAGUACGUUUCUGAGCACUAUUCAAAGUGUUGGUGCUGACCUUCAAAGCCCUAAACGGCCUCGGUCCUGUAUACCUGAAGAAGCGUCUCCACCCCCAUCGUUCAGCCCGGACACUGAGAUCCAGCGCCGAGGGCCUUCUGGCAGUUCCCUCAUUGCGAGAAGUAAGGUUACAGGGAACCAGUCAGAGGGCCUUCUCGGUGGUGGCGCCUGCCCUGUGGAACGCCCUCCCAGCAGAUGUCAAGGCAAUAAACAACUAUUUUACUUUUAAAAGACAACUGAAGGCAGCCCUCUUUAGCGAAGUUUUUAAUGUCUGAUGCUGUAUUGUAUUUUAAUAUUCAGUUGGAAGCCGCCCAGGGUGGCUGGGGAAACCCAGCCAGAUGGGCGGGGUAUAAAUAAUAAAUAAUAAUAAUAAUAAUUAGGGGUAUAAAUAAUAAUAAUAAAAAAAAAAUAAUAAUAAUAAUUUGAACAUUUAUUUAUAUGGGGGCCAUUGCUCUUUCAAGAGUUUUGUGAACAACAACAAGCCCCUGCCCCCAAAUAAAGAGAGUCUGGAUGAAUUCUGCUCCUCUGACCUCCCCAGCUGUCUAUGGCAGUCUUGGGCUGUUGGAUGGUAUAGCACAGGUGCUAGACAAGGCAAGAGGGGUGGCUGGCACUCCCUUCUUCCAGCCUUAUAGAAAGCAAGAGAUGGCUCAGGAUUGAUUAUUGUUUUUCAAGGAUAGCAAUGGGAUCUCCCACUCCUUUUUGCAGCACCCCCUGCCCCUUAAACUCAGCCUUGACACUUCUGAAUUAUGAAUGCAAUAUUUUGUUAAUGUUUCAUGCCUCGCGCAUACCUGAAGUUGACAUUUCAGUGAGUAUUCAGCGUUUCAAACCUUCCUCUCUAUCCAUAGAAGAUCUAGCACUGUCCCAUUUUUUUUCUUUGCUUUUUAUAGCUCGUAAUACCUAUCCACACCCCUGUUAAACCACACAUAGAGUAAUUGGACUAGAAUUAGUCCCCACCAGUGUAUGCUUCAUGUUGCUGGUGAACACUGAACAAAUCGUACCUCUGGAGGUUUUGCACAUAAGCCUCUGGGAUCAAACUAAUACGCACAUCUCCGUGGUAUGAAUGGAAGCUCACUUCCCCACUCUAACAUGACUCCUGUUCAUUUCAGUGCAGUGUGUGGUGACCUUGUUGGACUGUGGCUACACUUCAUAAUUUUUCUCCUCCUCCUUCUGUUUAAACCGUAGGCGCAUUUACCCUCCUGACGAUAAGCUGCUACUUGAAAAAUAUGAGGGCUUGUUAGCCGCUGCCUUUCAGACGUUCCUUGCCGGUAGAGCAGCUUCACUUCAGCGAGAGAUGAACAACCCCCUCAAAAGAAUGAAGGUGACCACUGAUUCACCCAACUUGCAUUUCUGUUCCAGGGAUGGGUAAUGUUAUCGGACCUCAACUCCCAUUGGUUUCAGGCAGAAUGGCCAGUAGUCAGGGAUGGCAAGAGUUGUCGUGUGACAAACAGUGGUGCGGCAAUAAAACCGCUGGUACAUUUGCAAAGCUAAGCAGGGUCUGGUAUGGUUUCAAAUUGGAUGGGGGACUGUGUGUUGAGAUUUCUGCAUUGCAGUGGGUUGGACCAGGUGACCCAACUCUGCAAUUCUAUGAUUCUACGAAUACCUGGAUGGCCAGAGGUUCUUCACCCCUCUUUUGUUCCAUGACAUUGUGUGGUGCCAAGUCUUUUCAUAAGCACGGUGGAGUUUUUCCAGUAGGGUUCCCUCCAGCACACAUUUCCUUCAGCUUAUGGCAAUGAACUGACAGCGUUCAAGGCCGGUGUGUGAGAGGAAGUGUCUCCGAGAUAGUUUCCAUUCAUCCAGAUGUUCCAACACAUCUGCCAAAACUUGACAUUCUAUUGACUAAGCAUUAUCUCCAAUAAUGUGCCUUCUCUGUCAGUGUCUGUCCAUUUUCAAAUGGCUCCUAGUAGAGAGGGGUUGUGUAAUGAUGUGUCUUUGAAAGCUUCAGGGAGACGUUUUGGGAGAUGGAAGAAACAUCUCCCAGCAUCCUGGUCUCCAAAAUUGGCAGCGGUCCUUUGAAGCAAUCGCAAAUCUGCAGUUUCCCCUCAUCCCAUGUAGAACUUUUUGAUAGCAUUCAGAUGAAAAGCUGUGCUGGAAUCCCUGUGCCAUCAUCCCUGCUCCUAGUGUACAUCCACUGGUAUAAUUUUCUGCUUACCACCUUGAAAGGCAUGUGUGUGAGAAGAUUCUUUGGGCAUCAAUUGGGCAUCUGUGUUAGCUGUACCAACCUAAUUAGGCUCCAGCAAAUCUACAGUAAUACAUAAUGCCUUCCUUUUGGAAUGAUGAGAGGCAAGAUGCCAUGUUCAUAAUUUUGUGUGCAUUCUGGCUUUUUAUAUUAAUCCAGAGAUUUAACCCCCACCCACCCCUUUUUUUUAGGAAGAAGACAUAUUGGAUCUUCUGGAACAAUGUGAACUGGACGAUGAGAAGCUAAUGGGCAAAUCUGUCCGGCCACGUGGCCCGAAGGUAUGUCACUAAACACCUCUGAAGUUUGGGACUGGUAAAAUCAGGAUAGCACUGCCAUUCUGCAGACAAGAAGGUUAAUGCCACAGACUGAUAGGAGGGUGCCCUGCCCUUGGGGAACAAUUUUAAUAAGACUCUAAUACUUUCCUUUCCCUUUUGCUAAAACAAAAGACACCCAAAAACUACAUGCAUGUUUCUUCCAUCUUCCCUUCCUCCCUAUUUUGAUUUUUGCACUGAACUGGCUGUUUAUGUCCUCUAGAUGGCACAUUUUCACUUUCUUACAGGAAGUACAUUUAUGCUAAGCCAGCUGUAUAUAUUUAUAUACUCCCUUGCAUUGCAUCUCUUUUAGAAACUGCAUGUUAAUGUGAUGUCAAAUAACGCACAUGCACAUUAUAUAUAACAGACACACAAACUCCCAGGCUGACAGUGUUGUGGCUCGUUUACCCCCCGUGCAUUCUCUUCCUCUCUGUUUCGCCUCCAAGUCCUAUAUAGUUCUGUUAAUUCACUAGGUGGUGGCAGCUACUAGUAAUAACUAGGACAUUUUAGGGUAGGUUUUGUCCCAAUAGUAAAGCUGGGGCUCUUAGUCACCCUUUAAUUUUGCCUCCCCCAAUGACCCCCUUUGGGGCACUUGGUUAAGGACCGAGGCUUAAGGAUUCUCUGAAGGACAGCUGGGUACAUCACCACCCUCAGCUGAACGUGCAGCACAGCUCUGCAAAGAUAAAUUGCUCGUUUUUAUCUUGAGUGACCUACUUUUCACUUAGAAAUCAUCCGAAAACAGGCAAAUAAAAACCCAACAGCUCAGCUGGUAAAGAGAUUAACCGCCAUGGCUGCGAAGGCCAGUGGGGCAGUCUUCCUGCAACAAAUGAUACAUUUCCAGAGGAUUGUUUGUGCUGAUGUUCUGUUUUGCAUCUGCUUUAUGGAGGGAGGGAGGGAGGGAGGACAAUUAUCUGACCUUGUCAAUUGUUCCUGUGGCUGUUUUGUCUCUCUCUCAUAUUUUGAAAGAUAAAUGACCCUGACUGGAUAUAGCAUCCCGUGUGCAUAUGGGAUUACAGUGAGGCUUACUGGGUCAAGUCUUGUUUUCAUUGCUUAGGGUUUUAUCCCCCAGUGCUGGCUGGCUGGUUUGUUUUAUUUUAUUUCCAAACCUGCUUUAUAAAACCUUGUGUUGCACCUACAUUGGAAACAUUAUAUGAAUGAGUGUGGCUUAAAGAACUAAGCAUGUGAAACCCCUUUUCCUAAAAGAGGUCUAGUGGACAUGUAUUACCUUUCUCUCACCAAUAUUACACUGACAUUUUGAAAGGGGAAACUUUAGGGCAGUUUUGGGGGACCUGCAGUGCUCUUGGUAUUGUUUGGGUCUAUUUAUUGAAUCUUUCAAUUGUUACCAAACUUUAAAAUCAAAUCUCUGUCUGUGUGUAUGUGUGCGUGUGUGCGUGUGUGUAUAUAUGAGAACAAUACAGAGAUUCAGUUCCCACAUGUAGGAGAUUAUUUACUUUUCCAUGCUACAAUCCCAUUGGGGCUGGCCCUAUUGUUAGGCAGAGAAAGGUGGUGGUCUCAGGCAGCUGAAUUUGUGUGUCAUUAUUUGUUACCAAAGUAUUUUUACUGGCAGGGAAGCCACACUUGCGAGAUUUUCUGCCUCAGGUGCCAAAAUUAUGCACCUUUGCUUGGGUGGGGGAGGGGGCACCAUUUGCUUCUCCAGUGCAGGAAGCAAAAUGUAUUGGUCCUGACCUGGUCCCUUGCAGUGUCACAGAGGCUCCCAACCCCCCAGAAUGAAGUAGGUUACAGUGAAAGUGGCAGGAGAGAAAUGUUAAUACAUUUUUUUUCUUCCACCUCUCCAUCUUUCUCUCCAGCCCUUGUAUUCCAUGCCAGAGAGUGCGCAGUUCUUGAAAAAGACCAAGAACAACAGCAGCGGCAGUAGCUGUGAAAGCAGCAGUGAUCUAUCUGAAUGGGAGGAGGAACCCGAAAAAGAAUAUGAAAAUGCAAAGAAAGAGAGGAAUGUCUCAUUUGAUGUUGAAGACAGGAAAUUAAUAGAACGAUCCAGUAAGUUAGAUAAAUACAAAGCUAAUGAAGUUUUGCAGAAAGCUUGCAUUAUUAUUAUUAUUUUUCAAAAUGUGUGCGCAUGGUUGCUGAAUCUGAAAAAGCCACUGGGGACCAUUUAUGGAUCUCAGAUACUGAGAAUGUGAGGUCUUCUGAACUACCCCCUUACUCAACUAUCUCUUCUGUGUCCCCACCUCUUUCCACGUGUAUAACACAAAAAUGCAUCCUGAAUCAUUGUAGCGCUUCUCAAUAUAUCUAUGGAGUACAGCCCCAUUAUAAUUUGAGAGUCUCACAGUUUCAGCUCUGCCUGCUUUCAGUGUCACGAAAAGUCACGUCUUUCUCUUUCCUGCCUAUAUGUGUCUUUUCGUUAGAAAACCUAUCUUGCUUUUUUCCAUUUCUGAGGAAACGCUCGGGGUGACUCAUAUCAGUAAAAACCAAUCUAACAGUCAAUGAUGAAACAGCCAAAAGGCAGCAGGGGGGAAAAAGAAAGAAAGAAACAGAACGAUAAAGAGACAGUAAACAAAGAAAUUCAAGCUCUAGUCACACCAAAAGCUUUCUCAAGUAACAACGUUUUGAGUCUACAGUGGCACACUGGUAAAUAGAGGGCCAAGUGAACCUCCUAGGGUAGGAAGUUUCCAUGUUGUGGGGGCCUCAGCAGAAAAGGCUCUGUUGCACAACCCUGCCAAGUGUAUCUCACAAACCGGUGGGAUGUAGAGAAGGACCUCACCAAUAUAUUAUCAUUAUAUUGCUGGGGAUUGAUUGGGAGGUUGGAAGAGGCAGUCUUCUGGUCCUAAGCCAUUUCAGACUUUAGAGGUUCUUUGCGUAAGGACCAGAAACUUUGGCUUCUCGGUUUUCCUUCACCCAUCCCCGCCACUCAGUGCUUACUUCUGAGGCAAAGAACUGGGGCGUUAGAAGAAGGGGGAAGGAUGUCAGGAAGGGAGCAAACCUGCCUCCGAUUGGCUGUUCCUCAGCAGUGCAGCGCAUCUUGGCUCUUGCCUGGCGCAUGUCAGCAGGAGCAGUGUUUGUUGCGUGGAGUUGGGUAGACAAGGCACCCAAGCAGAACUGGGACUCUGUAAGGGAAAAGAGGGAUCCCAGAAAUGUCCUGGACAGGUGAAGAGGUUGGGAAUCCCUGUUUAAAAACAAAAACAAAAAACACGUUGGUUUGAGAAAUGGAAAAAGGGGUGUUUCACUUUUCAUUUACUGCGUUGUAUCUCUUUGCAGGCAGAAUGCACUGGAAGCGGCCUCUUAAGAAAGUCCCUUCUUACGUAUCACCCACGCCGUUGUCAGGUCCUAUGAGGCGUUCUGUGAGCUGCCCUCGCUCCAUUUCAGUCUUGUCUAUGCAAAUGCAAGGCGCCGAAAACCGCCCUUUCUCAGCCAAGAAUUUGGUGCAGCUUUCUCGCCCGUCUUCUGUGAGUAGGUCACACUCUUUAAACAGAGGUUCAUCUGCGGGCAAAAUGUCUCAUACUGCCAACCUGGGUACUGUACAUUCUCCUGUGGUAAGUUAGCAAAUCACACCUGGAGGUGAAUUGUUUGGGAUCUGGUGUGGUGUCCUCUUGUUAUCCAAGCCUAAAAUUUCUUGUUCUGCAACCAGCAAUUCAUAGGUAACUUAACCCAAAUGAGUUUAAGAUCGAUAAACGUUAACUAAAGAUUAUUUAAGCAUCCUAUUAAACACACCAAAUGAGAUAUAUCCAAUCCAUUUUGGAAACUCAGAAGGUGUAAUUCAGAUAUGCUGAAUUUGGUUAAUUCACACUGCCACGGUUUGGAUAAUGGGUGUGGGAUUUUAUUGUGUCUGAACGUUAUUUUGGUGAUGUUUUCCCAAAUAUUUUUCAAAUGAUGUUGGUUGCGGUUUGUUUUGAAAAAUCUGUUGAACUGAUUCCAAAUCAGCAUAGAUUUGUUCUGUAGCACUGGUGAUUACAACUAACCUUGCUUCUCAAUUGCUAUUUUUAUAUGUACAGCAUUAGAACAUUGAAAAAUGAUGUUGUUAUUUUGGCUACUACAGUAAAUUACAGAAUUUAAUCAAAGGAAGCCAGAAAUUCAGGCACAGCCAAAUGACCAAAUACAGAUCAUGAUGAUUAUAGAGAUGUUGUUGUUGUUGUUGAUGAUGAUGAUAGGAGAAUGAAAAGACACAUUUAUCCGUUCAAAUCUUCCCAAGAACCAUUAUAUGUGUUUUACAGCCCAGUGUUUUAUAGAUUUCCUAAUAAUAUAUGUGGCAGUAUAUUUUCCUGUGGUUUCUUACACCAGUACAUAUAACCAAACUCAAUUGUUCAAUGGCUGCACAGCCACACCGGGGUGGAGGUUGGAUGAGGCAAGAUGAAUGAUAUUUGCAUGCAAAGAAAUGUUCUUACUGCCCUCACCCACAAGCUUCCUUAAAGCCAUCUUUUACCAGAGUGGUCCGUGAUGAAGCUACAGGGAAUGUUCGGGUUCCAGAGCCCAGCAAUAACGAGGACACUGGUAAUCAGGGGGCCACUGAACCUGAAGCUGGCAGGCAGGAGCCCACAGAACCAGCUGCCAGAGCACUGGAACCUUUUGAGCCAGAGCCUCAUGGGUACCUUCCAGUGGGCCCGAGGAACCACGUGUCUCCCACACUCCCACAAGGAGUGCACCAGGAUAGAGGCUAUGGAAUGUAGGAGACAUCUUCAGACCAGAGGGUUGGCCCUUGAAGAGACUAUCUUUUCCACAAGGGGACAGAGGCUAGGAGAGGUGGAUUGGAGACAGAAGGUCAAAGGGGAUUGGUUUGCUGCCAACCUUAGCUGGAGCAAGUUGCUCACUAGUAGCUCUCCGUGGUGCUGCAACGAACAGCCGGCCUUGCUCUAUAGGCCUCCUCCACAGGGACAUGACAUUGUGGAGCUGGAGGCUAGCGAGUGUGGAGCUUUGGUACUCAACACAUUUUGGUAUUUGGGACUACAGAGGGGAUGGGAAUCAUCACCUAAAGCUGAAUGCUUUAGCUGAGAUCCUUGCAUUGCAGAGGGUUGGACUAGAUGACCCUUGGGUCCCUUCCAGCUCUCAGGUUCUGUGAUUCUAUUUAUAGCUCCAGGUUUUGUAGGCUGUUCUCACUCUCCAGAGGCUGGCUUCCUGCUUGCUGUGGUGAGGGAGCAAAUGUGUGAGGUGACUGAAUCAUUCCGUGUGGCCGUGUAUGUACGUUGACAUUUUUAUUAUGACCUCGUGGUUCUAUGGGACCCCAAUGGAGGCUUAUAGGAUAGGAUAAAAACAGAAAUUGGUUCCUGCGAUAAUCAGAGGACUGCAACUGCAGCAAAUAAACACAACCACAAUAAAAUAGAACAACCUUCUGUUGUGCAAAGUUGAAAGUUAAAAGUAACCCAAAGCGAUCUUUAAGCCAGCCGAGGUUUUUCACAUGAGUUAAUGUGGUUCUAGGUGAGAGUAUAACAAGGCUUUAAAAUGAAGUCUGUCACCUAUACGGAGCCCUUCUGUCACUGUAACGAUGUACUGAAAAUGUGGUGCCCAUUUAAAUGAAUAUUUAGUGACUCUUCUUUUUUUUAAAAAUGGAGUGCUACAUCUUCUGGUAGAGAGAUCCUGCUUAAGGCCCGUGUUAUUUAUCUGACAGAGCAAGAGACGUAUUUCUUUUAAUAAUGUGAACAAAAUCACUUGCAGAGUAGGAGGGCUAAAUACUGACAGCGAGCUUAUAGUUUUACGUUAUUGUUGUGUAAUUAAGAAUAAUGUAUUGCAGCUGGCCAACAGCAUGAAAAAAAAUCGAUUUUUUAUUUUUUUUAGACUGCUGGAAAACUAAUCAUUUGGUAAAGAUAAAAUGUUUGUUGUGAAUUGUGAGAUAAAAUAGAUUUAGUGAGUCGUUGCUGUUAGAUUAAAUACCGCUUCCACAGAUCAGCAGAAACUGAGGUGAUGAUCCCAAACACACUUAGCUGGAAACACGUGUCAGUUAAAUCAAUUGGAUUUACCUCCGAAGAAAAGUGGUUAGGGCACUGCUAUAAAUAUUGAGGAAUAUAUAAAUGCCAGCAAAGCAGACGCUAAUGUCAAAGCAAUACAUUCUGCAUCAUUUUCAGAGCCGUUUUACUGUACACACAUCCUACAAAACAUGUUGUUAAGUCCGGUAUUAUAUAUUGCUUCGUUAUGAUCUCUUGCUUCAACAUUAGAAAUCUCACAGAUGCAUCAUAUACUUUCGAUUCUAUAUGUUUCGUUUACUGUAUCAAAGGUCCCUUUUAAGCUCCAUAAAAACAGCACACACACACACACAGAGAGAGAGAGAGAGAGAGAGAGAGAUCUUCCAAGUUAUUAAUCAUUUUUUGCACUAUAAUGUACUGAACAAUAAAAACAUACCCUUGCCUGAAGUCUCCUCCUCCUCCUCCUGGAACGUGUCUGUGUUUUGAUUCAUGUUUGCAAAGGUUCUUUUCCACAAAAGGCAGUAAAAUUCAAGAUCCAUUGAAUUCAGUAGCGUACCCCCCCCAAUCCCAACAUUUUGUUUAUGUAUUAUGGUUUUGAAUUUCCCCGCUCGGUUCUUCAAACCAGAAAAUUAGCAAGAAAAGCGUUCCUCACCUCUGCUUCUCACGUGACUCUGAAAUCCCACCCUGCCACACAGCCAGAUAACCCUCUUCUCUCUUGGCAGACGGAAAGACAACAGAGAGCCAAAGAGCAAGAAGAGGCCCUCACAAAGGAGACGCUGGUCAUUUUCACGAGUAUGAAGAUCCGAUACCCAGGGAAAAAUAAUGAAGACGCAGAAUUAAUACUCGAAGACGUGAGUAUCGGAGAAGGGGAAAUUAUAAGAAACCGGGUGUUUAUUUGACGACGAGGCUACAAAGGUGAUGGACGAGGUGACACUCUUUAAUGAGGGCAUGUUCCCUACCCACACCCCGGGUUCCCACUCAGAAGCAGAAUCCUCUGUCUCUGCACCACACUGUCUCCGUAGCCAUCACUGUGUAUGUGUAAUAUAACAGUGAAAAACAUUCGCGCAGUAAACAUGGUCAGAGAAACGAGGGGCUUUAGCAUCCCCAAGCAAACUCUAUUCCAGCCCUUUCCUUUCCUGCUUGAUGAGUUUUGCUGAAAUCACGAUUUGACACUGGAAAGGAAUUUUCUUCAGGACAUUUUUUUUUUGGUACAGUUUAUAUCCUGCCCUUUAUCCAAAGACCCCCAGGGCAAUGUACAGUAUUAAGAACAUAAUUCACACAGCGUAAUAAUAAAAACAUAGAACAUAGCAUAAGAAUACGCAUAGCAAAACAGUAAAAUAAUCCUAAUAAACUUCUUCUUGGGCCACGCGGCUUGGCUUACUUGCCUGAGUCAUAUGGAACUCUGUAGCUUCGAAGCUAGGUACAUCUCUUGUGGUGGUGCGGGGGGGGGGGAAGGAUCAAUGGGUGGGAAAGACUUUUGUUUGCUUGAGAGGCUGCCCGUCAGAGUAAACAACAUUGAGCCAGAUUCAUUUUAGCCAAUGUGGUGCUCUCCAGAUAAUUCCUGGGCUACAGCCGGAUCUACACUGAUUUGAAAAAAACACUUCAAAAAACCUGUAAUGUAUCUCUCAAUGCAAUUUCCCACUGACGACGGAUCACUGCUCUACAGUGCCCUCUGGUGUCACAUUUUUAUAACACAUUUUUAACAUUUGAACUGACCAGUGUAGGUUAGUUAGUUCUCCCAUUAUCCCUGGCCAUUGGCCAAACUAACUGGGCUGAUAGGAGUUUGCCUCCAACAACAUCAGGAGAACAAAAUGUUGGCUUCCCAUAGAUGGACAGAUAUCCUGACCUGGUAUAAAGCAGCUUCUCAUGUUUCGUGGUUGGUUCUUCAAGCACCUUUGGUGAUCUGGAUCAUGUAAGGCUUUUCCUCUUGAGAUUCUGGCAGAAGAAGAUCCUGACUUUGGGCCAGUGGUUAGACAAUGACUCUUAGAUGCACCCGUCCCUCCAAAAGCCAGUUCAACAUAGUUUCCUCCAGGUGGAAGUGGCAGCUGCACCAUUUCCUUAGCCGUGCCGGCUAUCAAACCAUGCAUGCACGCUGCAUGGACACAUGCAGCUGUUUCCACACUCACAACUGACUGCAAGAACUUUUCUCUAGAUGCCACCCUUAACGGCAACCGCUAUGGCCGUACCCAUGGGCACCCUAUGUUACCCAUAAGAUUGUAUGGAAGGCAGGGUUCGGGUAGCUGGCGUGCUGGAGAAAUUGCAGUGAGAGCUAACAGGAUGGUACCAAGUUGAUCAGAUCUGCCACCCUUCCCAGACUUCUUAAUACCUUUGACAAAACAGGCUCCAAGCUAUUGAUUUGACCUUCUGCAAAAUGCCAAAUGUACUCCACUGCGGUUCUCUUCUUCUGACAUUGGCAUCAUUUUGAACGUUUAGUUCCUCUUUUUUUUGUAUAUAAUUUUUAUUGAAUUUUCUGUUUUACACUUUAAAGUACUCAUUUUUACAUCUUUAAAAUAUCUCUGGCUUCCCUUCUUCUCUUUCCCAUGGUUCAUUUUACAUAUCAUAAAGCCCUGCAUAUUUUACAAAAACUAUACCAUUCAGUAUUCCAUUAUUUCAUCCAUCAAAACUUAUUUACACUGUUGAAUUUAUCUUAAUGCUGCCUGCGUUUUCAGCUGUACACAAUUCUAUCCCAUAUAUCCAAUAAACGUUUUCCAAUCUUCUCUAAACAUUUGUUCUUCUUGUUCCCUUAUUCUAUAUGUUAAGUCUGCAAGCUGCGCAAAUUCCGUCAACUUAAGUUACCAUUCUUCUUUGGUUAGGACCUUGCUCGUUUUCCAUUUUGGGGCUAACGAAACACGGGCUACAGUAGUGGCAUACAUAAAUAACCUUUUUUGACACCUGGGGAAAAAAGUUUAGUUCCCAACCUUGCUAGACUGUUCUCACCCAGUGGUUUUUUACUCCUCCUGUUGUUGUUUAGUAGCAGAAAAGGUCCAUAAGCCUAACAGUAUUGUUUUCCUUUUCCUUUUGCUCUUCCUUCCCUUUGACCUGUAAACUGGGACAUUUCAAAUGAUCCCUCUCCCUUCUUCACCCACCAUCCGUACGGCUAGUUUUUAAACCACUCCCCACAAUCUUUCUCAGUUACUAUUUGCACCAUCUGGUGGCAUAGACUGAAAUACUACUUGGUAGAACUACAGAUCCUUAACAGGCUUCUGUACAGUGGUACCUUGGGUUACAUAUGCUUCAGGUUACAUACGCUUCAGGUUACAGACUCCGCUAACCCAGAGAUAGUGUCUCAGGUUAAGAACUUUGCUUCAAGAACAGAAAUCGUGCUCCGGCAGCGCGGCAGCAGCAGGAGGCCCCAUUAGCUAAGGUGGUCCUUCAGGUUAAGAACAGUUUCAGGUUAAGAACGGACCUCCGGAACGAAUUAAGUACUUAACCCGAGGUACCACUGUAUUGCGAAGUACAGGGUGAGUCCUUUAAAAGAGGCCCCAUGGAUACAGAAUACAUAUGUUCCACAGGGCCUCUUUUAAAAGACUAACCCUGUAUUUUUUAUAUACAUUAAAAAACAACAACCCACUUUGCAGUCCACAAAUGUGUGCUACAAGAGAGCCAGUGUGGUGUAGUGGUUAAGAGUGGUGGACUUGUAAUCUGGUGAACUGGGUUCGAUUCCCCGCUUCUCCACAUGCAGCUGCUGGGUGACCUUGGGCUAGUCACACUUCUCUGAAGUCUCUCAGCCCCACUCACCUCACAGUGUUUGUUGUGGGGGAGGAAGGGAAAAGGAGAUUGUUAGCCGCUUUGAGACUCCUUCGGGUAGUGAUAAAGCGGGAUAUCAAAUCCAAACUCUUCUCCUUCUACAAAGCAACAGUUUUAAAAGUGGGACGCAUUAGGAGGUACACAUUAGAAGCCCGUAUGGGCUUAUUUUCAGACUAUUUUCACAUGUGCAUGGCUGCAAUUUCCCUUGCUGUAUGGUGGCUGGCAUUUGUCCCCAUUAGAGCAGUUGCACCGCUGGAGAAACAUCUCAUUGUACCUAUGGCAGUAGUUUGAUUUCUUCAGAAAUAACAUCAUUCUAACUGAUUUUUUUGUGUCGGUCUUUUAUACAGAUUAUGGAUAAUUGGAAAUUCCAUAAAUCAAAAGUGGCUUCAUAUUGGUUAAUUAAACUAGACUCUGCAAAACAGAGAAAGGUGAGUGGUGCCUACUCCUCUCCCUGUGAAAUAACCCUUUUAAUGAAUUCUUAACUGCAUUGGUCAUUUAUCUGGUAAUGUCUUAUCUCAAUUGAACUUUUAAAAAUUUGGUAUUCUUGAAGGUCAGUAAGAAGCAGUAAGUAUUGUGCCCAUUUUAAAAGGUCGUUUAGGUUGCCAAAUCCAUAGGUCAGUUCAGAUGUUAGCAAGAAACCAGGGUGCCUCACUAGAAGAAUGAUCCGCAAUAAGCAUCUCGUUCACAGGCCUUUCCCUUUCCUUCCUCUGACACACCUAAAACGAGGAGACUGUUUUUAUGAUUUUGAACAAAACCAUAUUUCUACAACACUGUUCCCUGUGGCACCUGAUCUCUGGAAACUGUGGUUUGCUUCAACUCUAGCUGGUGAGCAAAUUAGAUCCUGAAACCACUGUUUAAUCCUGACUUGUUCUUAUUAACAAGAGUUUAAACAAACCACGGUUUAUAAUAAUGGAAGCCAAAAGUAGUUCUCUGGUCCAAGGAACUGGAGUGUCACCAUCAGCAGGGUUUUUUGGGGGGCUCAGCCUGGAUGGCUCGGUUGGUUAGAUCGUGGUGCUGAUAACAUCAAGGUUGCAGGUUUGAUCCCCUGAUGGGACAACUGCAUAUUCCUGCAUUGCAGGUUGUUGAACUAGAUGAUCCUCAGGGUCCCUUCCGACUCUACGAUUCUAUGAAUUACUAGGUUAGAAGUAUUUGACUGAUUGCACUUAUUCCUGUGCAGUCUGCAGUUCUGCUUCCUCUUGCAUAGCUCUUUAGAAUUGCACUUCAACCAUCCAGUUUUCUCCAGUGCAAGGCUGUUCUUAAAAGCACUGUAGACUGUGUUUUCCGUGUAGGAUGAAUACACACACACACACACACACACACACACACACACUCCCCCCCAAACAGUAAGUCUAUCUGCUUUCUUCCACUGACAAGUAUAAGUGGUACCCCAGGCACACAGUCUGGGUCAAGAUGAUAUACUAGGUCAUUACGAAGAAAAAUGGCACUUCUGCAAAUGGCGGAUGUCUUUGUUCAGCUUGCAAAGACAUGCCUGAUGACUCAGGGGGCUAAUAUUACCUGAAGCGCUGAUGAGCUCUCGACGUCUUUUGGCAGCAGUGCCUUGCCGUAGGCUUCUCCGUGUGUUUAAUCCUAACCUCUUUGAGCAAUCAGAGUCAUUUUUAAGGAUGCAGUUAAACAGAUCGCUUAAGGUUUCUCAUUGACCUUGAGGCCCAAGGUUUUCCGAGCGUGACGCAAAAGUACAGAAGCUCGGCCUCUCCAUAUGCCACCAUAUGGGAAGGGAACUGAUGGGGAGAAGGACAGGAGACAGUAACAAAUAUAGUCGAAGGUUUUUUUUAAAGAUUUCAAUUAAGGGGCGUAGCUAGUAGUGGAAUAGCAUAUAAAAUGCAGGCAGAGUGAUCUGGCAGAUGCACUAAAUGGUCCAUCACCUGCUGGUUUAUGUGUUAGGGGUAAGGUGAGCUGAAUGACUAAUAUGCACAUAUUAUCGAGGAGAAUAUGCACAUUGUUUGUCCAUGGACAGGUCAUUGUGCACAUUUCCUGAUUCAACGCAUGCAUUCUCCAGCAGGCUUUUGCAUAUCUUCUGGGCAACGUGGAUAAUUUGAGAAUGUGCCUGUGCGCAUUUUCCCAAGGAUGCAAAGCUGGAGACGAUGUAUUAUUGCCCAGAGGAUGUAUAAAGGUGCAGUACAUUGAAAGUAUUAAUAGCUGGAUAAAUGGCGGCAUUACUUGAGCAGGUCACCUUAGCAAGAAAACUAUGUGCAGGUUAUCUUGCAAGCUUGGAUAGUUAGGCGAGGGUUUUCUCCUGGUCCUUGCGCACAGGAGGUACAUGUGAUCGUUGUGGGAGCGAAUCUCAGGACUUCCGUAUCCCUUCCACUCACAAGCAGAGCCGUUAAUAUCAGCCACGGUUUAGUCCUGUAAAAAUGGCUGUGCAAAGCAGGCCUCACAAUCUGCCUGCCAUGAAAAAAUAGAGAUGGAUCAAAAGGGCAAGGUUUCCUUGUGUAGGCGCUUAAAUGUGGAGAGAUUGUUCUCGUGAAGGUUCUGCACGAGCAGGAUUCACAGUACGGUCUGUGGGCCUGCCUUGGGGGUUUUGUAUUCCGAUUUCGGCACCUUUCAGCUUGACUGUAAUCUGCAAUUUGCAGGAAAGUAAAAAAAGAAGAAGAAAGGACUACUUCUUUCUUUUUCUUUUAUAAAUGACAGCAGAUUGUAGUUAUAAAGCACAUAUGCGUGCUGUUCUACAAUCUUUCAUGUUUGGGGGGCUAUAUAUCCUUUCUUUUUGCAGAAGGUGGAGAUCACAAUAGAAAACACAAUUGCAGAAAUUGUGCAGUGGCCUUUCCCCUUGUGAUUCUUAAUUCCUAUACAUUGUAUAUAAACUUACCUGUGGAUGUUCAGGCUUCUGUGCAUCCUGACAUCUGUCUAUAUUGGUCUAUUUAAGAAGUGCUGCUUUACCUUCCCCACCCUGCCAGCUUCCCUGCCCCCCCCCCCCUUUUGGCUGAAUGCCUUCCUAAAUAAGUUCCUCUUGAAAUCAGAAUCUUUAGUUAAAUUCAUAUGCAAUUAGCCUUAGAGGCACAGAACGGUCCCUGCAAUCAUCUUAUGCUUAUGGUUUCACAUUUUGAUGUUGAGUGGAAGCUGUUGGUCCAGCGUUUAGCCUAUGAACCUCUAACCCUCAUUUACAGAAGAUUGGAAUUGAUAAGUUAAUUGUGCCAAAGACUGAGUCAGUGACUUGUAGUCAACACACUGAAAUGAAUUGAAAUGAGGAAGCUAGUGUCCUAAGGCAAAGUGAGUUGAUUUCAUGUGAAGGGAGUUUCAAUUUAUCUUCCCAAGCUCUGCAUGUAUCCCCGGGGUAGAUUCCUGUGGCAAAAGUUCACACGCCGUUUAAAGCUCCUUGCUAUGCCACUCACAGAACAAUCCCAUAGAUGUUUACUCAGAAGUAAGUCCCACUGAGUUCUUUGGUGCUCGUUCCCAAGUAAGCAGGUUUGCCAUUGCAAACUUAGUCCAAGAAACCAGCCCUAUGGCCCACAGUUACAUUAUUAGCUGGGUUGUGAAAAAGAGGUAGAACUACUCUGAAUGGCAGAAAAGAUUGGAUUGAGCUUGGUGACAGAGUGGUACAUGUUGAAACACACACACAAAAAAGGAAAGGCAAAUUAGAGUUUAUGCGAGAACCUUACAGCUCUUUUCUCCCCAGCUUCUCUUAUAAGCCAAACACAGUGGCAAGAAAUUCCCAGUUCAGUUUGUUGUUGUUUUUUUAAAUAGUAUACAGUGGUACCUCGGGUUACAUACACUUCAGGUUACAGACGCUUCAGGUUACAGACUCCGCUAACCCAGAAAUAGUACCUCGGGUUAAGAACUUUGCUUCAGGAUGAGAACAGAAAUCGUGCUCCAGCGGCGCGGCGGCAGCAGGAGGCCCCAUUAGCUAAAGUGGUGCUUCAGGUUAAGAACAGUUUCAGGUUAAGAACGGACCUCCGGAACGAAUUAAGUACUUAACCCGAGGUACCACUGUAUAGGGUUUGGCUGCAUUAGACCAUUGUUUCCUUCUGUUAAACUGGACGUGGGCACUAUUUUAGAUGGAAAGACAGCACUGAAACUUUAAAAACAAGCACUGUAGUGCUAGUCUGUAAAAUGCAAGUAAGGGUAGGUGCAGAAGAGGAGUGAGGGGCGAGCCACAGCAAUAGAUUCCUGACAGCAGCAUCGUCUGCCACCUACCAGGAGAAAAUGGGGUUAGGUAGGGGCUGUGUGAAUGCCUUGGCAGAGCCAAUCUGGUCCUCGCAGUGGUGCAUUCAUUCAAGCAGCCCUGACGUCUCCCCUCCCUCUCGCCCCUCCCUCUCCCUCCUCUUACUAGUAAGCAACAGUGCUGCUGCUGUUUGGGGGCUGUUGCUGUGGUUCUGUCCCACCAGGAGACCUCCUUCCGGUACUCAAGUAGCAGAAAACAGGAACCGGAAGUAUGUAUUUUUGCAACGGGGCAAGCCCAUUUUCACCUGUGCUUAAAAUGCCGGCGAUAUAAUGAUCAGCAAAUUAAUUGCUUGGUUAUCUCGUUCCUUCCUCUGUGUGUCAAGCACAGGCUGUUUGCCUUUUUAAAAAACAACAAUAAAGUGCAGCACAAAAUUAAUUCAAGUGAACGUUCAUUCCUUGCUUUAUUUAAAAACAAAGAACGCAUGCAAAUGCAGGCAACAGAAGCAUUUCAGGCUUUGUAAAUGUUGAAAACCUGCUCUGGAGACGGAGGGGGAAUUGGCCUCAUGACAUUGCAGGCUUCUCAGUGCUGGGUUUGGCUGCUUUAGGCUGAAAAACAGGAAGAAUGGGGUUCCUUUGAAGUUGAUCCUUUAAGAAAAAAAAUGAACACAUCUCAGCAAAACAUGGUAAAUGGGCUCACCACUCAAGUUAUGUAAGUCUGGAAGCACCCCUGUGGGAGUGAUUAGUUGUGAUUAGCAGAAAGUUUUGAUACACAAUUCAGAGAAAUCAAAGUGUACGCAGAGUUUGUCAAAACCUGUUCAUCCUCCUUAUGAAUAUCCCUUUCUUAUCCACAAAAAGGACUUUUGUUAUUCUCCUCGCAAAUGAGUGAGAUAAAAUGUUCUUCACACGCCUAAUAAAAUUUUGAUCUGAUCUCAUUUGUUUCGAUUGCAGGCACUUGCCAUAACCAUGUGUCAAAUUUUAAAACCUAGCCUUUCAUCGUUGUCUUUUUGUCGUUGGUAUUUUAAGUAUUUAUUCCUAAAGGCUUGCUGGCACAACAUUGGUCUUCGAGUUUUUGUUUUUGUUUUUUAAGUAUUCCUUUAUUUAUUUACUUAUUUAUCUGCUUACUAUAAUUCUUUCCCCAGGUUUUAGAUAUUGUGAAAGCGAGCACCCGCUCAGUUCUGCAGCGUGUCUGGGGAGUUUCAGAUGUUGAAUGUUUACAUUUGUACCGACUCCUUAAUCGUGUGUUUAAUCGCCUGCUAUGGAGCCAUGGUCAAGGUCUGUGGAACUGUUUCUGCAAUUCAGGGUAAGAAGCAAUAUAUUACCUUGUAACUGUCAUGACUUUCCUUAACAUAAAAGCACCAUUUUUUUGGUGCUGUGGGUUUAUUAUUAUUAUUAUUUUCUCACAGUGAGUUCCUUACUAAAUCUUAAAUGUUCUCAGAAUUUUCUUCCGGUCCUAGAGUGGUGAUGGUUUAGAACUUUUGAUAAGGAUGGAUGGGACCUCCUUGAACUCCUCGGCAUCUGUGUCCUGUUCGAUUUAAUGGUCUGCGCUAAGACCGCACAGAUUAGGGUGUUUUACUGCUUGGCUGCCUUAACUUUUGCAACCAGAAUCCCUGCUGCUCUGUCCCUAUGGCAGGCAGAGUGGAUGUUGGCUAGGGCAAGAGAGGCAUGUGUAUGUGUGGCUGGAUGGGAAAGAAGUGUGGCAGCUCCAGGGCCUGGCAUAUUUAUUUCCCCUACCUUCUUAGGGAUGUGUUGAGGGAAUAUGCAGUAUCCAAAUCCUCCUUCAAUCCACUUUUCAGUUGCUUCUCUCCCCCCUGGCCAUUAGAGCACCAGUGGCGAAGAAAAGGCAACUGUGGAGUACAUUAUCUUUUGGGAGAGACCGGCCGUGCAACCCUAAGCAUGUUUGCACAAAUACUCUUUCUGGUAAACAUCAGUUCAUGCACGUAUUUAUUAAACAGUGCUUAAAAAAAUGGAGUCUCAGCUUCAGGAUCUGUCCUUCCAGUGAGCACUCAGGGCUGAUUACCUGUCCAUUCUUAAGGAAAUCAGCCCUGAGUGCUCACUGGAAGGACAGAUCCUGAAGCUGAGACUCCAAUACUUUGGCCAACUCAUGAGAAGAGAAGACUCUCUGGAAAAGACCCUGAUGUUGGGAAAGAUGGAGGGCACAAGGAGAAGGGGACAACAGAGGUCGGGAUGGUUGGACAGUGUUCUCGAAGCUACCAGCAUGAGUUUGACUAAACUGUGGGAGGCAGUGGAAGACAGGAGUGCCUGGCGUGCUCUGGUCCAUGGGGUCACAAAGAGUCGGACACGACUAAACGACUAAACAACAAUGCCAAAAUAGGCUUCCAAGCAGUCAGAGUUGGGAUCUAUUGGUCCAUGUAUCAGACCAAUAUAUUGGGAAAUCCAUUGGUAAGAACAGAAGGGCAAGCUUUGUGACUUCGCUGAGCAAAAACUGGGCCAUCCGCUCUUAUGUCUGGCAUGUACCAACCAAAGCUUAUCCAGUUGGAUGCUUCUCCUGAGGAUCCACCUCAGCAACAAGGAUCCUUUACAGACACAUCACAUUUAGGGUUGUUGUUUUUUUAUUCCAGUAAAACAUUGCUUUUGUUGUUGUUCCCUUUAUAAGCGAAUAUAAUGGCUGUCCAACGUGAAGGUCUGUAUUCCAGUCAUGCUUUUGUUUAGCAACUGUUAUGAUGCUCCAUCGGAGACUUCAGAUGGUUGCACAAACCCUUGAUCUGCGUCCUGCAUUUUAUGAAAGCAACGUCAAUGUGGCGUAUCUUAUGCCGACACUAAAGGGUUCUGCCAUUGAAGCUUCGAGACGCUCGCCGAACGACUGGCUUGUGGGCUUCUCCCCCCCCCAAAAGCUGAAGGUUAACUUACUCAUUUGUGUUUUAUAUUUCCUACCGUCUGCUGGUGAAAUAGGGUAGGCUCUUUACUGUAAACGAGCAAGGUCGUGCAUUAUUCCUCUUCCUUCUUCCAUGGCUAAAUCUCUCCUGUAGAGCAGUAAAGCUUUUAGAUUGCCAUUUGUGACAGAAAACAUGAGGUCAUGUCUGUUUCCAUGCCAACAGGAGCUCCUGGGAGACGAUAUUCAGUAGAAGCACAGAAGCGGUGACUGACGAUCAGAUCCAGUGUUGCCAACGAAUAGUAGAUCUUUGUAAACAGUGCCUGCUAGUGGUUUACAAAUACUCUGCCGAUUCCAGAGGGUCCCUCACUGGAGUUUACCCAGACUGGGAUGACACAAGGUAUACACACUUCCUUUAUUUUGGCUUCAUGUAAUCUAACAUUAAUUGCAAUGCAGGGGUUGCAAGGAUUUGAUUAUGUUGCUCUAUGUAUUUUAAAUUUUUUUGCAAUCUCAGGUUGGAAAGCACACAAAUAACACAUCAACAGAUGUUUCAGUCUAGCAGUUGUUUACAGGGCAUACUUUCGGGGUCUCUGGCUGUUUUUUGGACUACAGUUCCCAUCAUCCCUGACCACUGGCCCUGAUAGCUAGGGGUGAUGGGAGUAGUAAUCCAGAAACAGCUGGAGACCCAAGUUUAGGAAACCCUGGUUUAGCGUAUGGCAAUCCACUGCAAGGGAGCUUGCUCAUGUCUUCCCUCACGCAAACAGACUGUGGAACAACAGGCCCAUAUAAAUGGGGUGACGGAUAUGCGGCCCUCCCUCAGAUGUUGGAUUCCCGACUUCCAUCACACCCAGCCAGUGGUCAGGGAGGAUGGGGCUUGAAGUCUAUAGAGGGCCACAGGUUCCCCACCCGUGAUUUUAAAUGAAUAUGUUCUUCUGCGCACUCAACAAAUCAGCCCCAAAGCACACAUAGUGAUGGCUUAGAAGCACUGUCUUGCCUGGUCGGAAAGGACCAUGAGUCCCAGAGAGCCAUUCUAGAACUGCCAGGAACAAGUGUGGGACUCUGCCAGUCUCCUGUCUAGACUUUCUCAUAAGUCAUGGAGUGCUUCCACCACAUGAGGGAGCCUUUCGAUGCAAAACCACUCCAGGCUAUGUGAAGUGUGAGUUUGUUUUUCUUUAGCUGGUGCUUCAUUUGUGUGUGAGACUGAGGGCCCCUCCAGACAUCUUUAAAAAAACAAAAACAACACCCAUUAUUGUGCAUUCAGCAUGGUAUUCAUGAAGGUGUUGGGUUUGUGCCUGCUGUCCUACUGCUUUGUUUUGUGCAUGUCCCUUGGCUUCCUGACGAAACGCUGUAACUUGUGGUUCUUUUGGAUGCGGCCUAAGUUUAAAACUGGCAGAAGAUGCAACGCAGGGAUAAAGUAGCAACAUCAUGCAUUUCGAAAUGACCAUGUCAUAUCACACGUUGGCUUUAAAAAAAUAAUAAUUCCCCAAACAAACUGAGGAGGAGAGGAAGAGCAGCUCCACUAGUAAUUCACAGAAAAACCUAGCUUAAGAAGAAACACUCUUAUUUGCCUUAAGAAAGAUAACAGGGAUGAGCACUGGUCUCUUGGGAUCAGAAUUCCACCAUCUUAUAGAUGACCUACAAGAGCUGUAUGCAACAGCCUUGUAGCUCCUCUUGCACAACAGACUUCCAUGAAUGCAACACAGCUUCCUCUUCCGUCCUUUUCAGCUCCCCAAAUGCUCUCAAAAUAGGCUCCAGAGUGCUGAGGGACCCUCUGUUGCAUGCUGUGGUUUUUUUUGAGGGGGUACAGGAGGAGAGGAAAUGGAAUUCCUGUUGCUCCAAACCUGCUUAUUGUGUGAUAAGACCCAAAGCAAUUUAAGAUCUGCUCAUUGGAUUACUCUCCUUAGCUUCCUAUCUGCAAAAUGGCCCCCCAUCCUUAAGUACUCAGAAAUUUUAGUGUUAUAUGUCCCUUUUCCAUUUCUUCCUGGUAGUUAACCAACCAUGCAUUUAGUCGCCAGCAUUUCCAUUGGAAAUGAGUUUUAAUCGUCACUUGUCGACUCUCAGAUCUCAAGACUGGAUUCUAGCGUGGCUGCCUCUGUUCUUAUUGAAGGGAAAACAGAUAGUCUUCUAGGUGCAUUCACCAAACUGCUUUUCAAGUGGGCAUAGGAAAGUAUGUGUCUACUUUCUCUCCCCACCUCCUGUUUUCCCAUGCACAACAAAACUACACAAAAAGACAAAUUUAGGUCUCGCGGAUCGUAAACUUGAAAUGGCCAAAAUCAGAUUUGGGUGUGGAAGAGCGUGUCUUCAUGGACGAAUGAGCAUUUGGGAAAGGGGCUGUCAUUCUUUGGUGUUAGGCAUUUUUUUGCAUAAUAAGGUCCUGACAUCGUCAGUGAAAAGAGCGUGUUGGGUUGCUACUGGUUGUUGAAAGAGACAGGAUUAGGCUAUAUGGCUCGGUGGUUUGUCUCUGGAUAAGGUACCUUCUUUUUGUUCAUCUAAGGCAAGCAUGGCCAAACAUGGCCCUCCAUAUGUUUUGGGACUACAACUCCCAUCAUCCCUAGCUAACAGGACCAGUGGUCAGGGAUGGUGGGAAUUGUAGUCCCAAAACAUCUGCAGGGCCAAGUUUGACCAUGCCUGAUCUAAGGGUUUUGAAAUGCAGGAUUCUCCACAUGUAAUUCAGGAAGGCUUUUUUGUUUUGUUUUUGAGGAACUUCAUACUGCUCUACCACUCUGCAUAACUUUGACUCCAGUUUAAUUUCUACCCAACUGGUGCAAAUGACACAUCUGUGUGCAGGCACAGGGUGAACGUUCUGCUCUGUCCUUGAGUGGCCUCUCCUAAAACUGCUUUGAGGUUUUAUUACAGUCCAAGCGGUAUAUAAAUCUUGUGAAAAUGUUUGCAGAGAAAACAUUUCAGCAGUACCUGAAGAGCUGGCUUUUAAAAACGGCACAGGCUCCCUCCUGCACCGAGCUACGCUUUGCACUGUCGUAUUAAUCCAUUUCUGUUAUUUAAGCUCACGGGAUCGUCUAAUUUAUUCUGCACAACAUCUCCAUUCUUGUCCUUAUUUAUGCAUCUUGAUCCCUCUCUUCAAAGAUGCUUCCUAACUUGGUGCUCUUUGCGGAUUACAUGAGCCACCCUUGGCCUACAAGGACUCAUGAGAAUCUUUAAUGGAGCAGAGUUUAGGCUUGCUCCUGGGGAACCCCCCUUUGUCUUUCUUAUGCCAAGUGUGGUGCCUUUUUUAAUUUUUAUUUUUAGAAUCCCUUUUCUCCAACCCGUUCAGUUCAGCUGAGGGCCAUGUUACAAGACACUGCACAUAAAGUCUGUAGGCAGUUGUAACCACAGCUGCCUGUAGGGAUGCCUAUGAUAUAGCGUUCAUUUGAUGAGUGUACACUUUCAGGUGUAUAUGCUUUAAAUCUGUUCCAGGGUUUCCCCAACCCUCUGAAGCUGAUGAGGGGAAGUGCAGAGUGUGCACGGGGGUGGGGGUGGGGAUGAGACAAGGGGAGGAAAGUUUUGUUGCACAAGCAUAAAUACUUGAGCUGACUGGACAUGUUAGUUGGAUACCACCCAUUAUGUGUGGCGGCUCUUAAGUCCGCUGUUUUUGAGCAUGGGUGGAGUGAAUCAACAUGGAGCUAUAAAAGUGCUUCUGCUUUGAAGGGAAAUUCAGCCUUUUGACAUCUGGAACGCUGGUUAACCAGUGGUUGUGACCUAAAGGCACAACCUGCGGGACCUGACAUCUUUCCGCAGGGCCUGCGACAGAGCUGUUCCACCAGGCCUUUGGUCAGGGCGCAGCCUGACUCCCCUCCUCUGGCAAUCUGCACAGAAUUUUGCUUAAUGGUUGCCACCAAUUUGAUUUUAAUUAAUUUUUAUAAUGAAAUGUUUUUAGAACGUUGGAUUAUUUUGACUGUUGUUAGCCACCCUGAGCCCAGCUUCGGCUGGGGAGGGCGGGAUAUAAAUAAAAUUUAUUAUUAUUAUUAUUAUUGACAUGGAGUGUUAUGGCUUAUGCUGCUUAAUACCUUUGCCCAGGCUAUUUGGGAGCAUUCAGGGCAGCCAUUUUAAUUCCUGUAGGUAACCGAUACUUGCAUUUCCUACAGAUUGCAUCUAUCUGCAGAGUUAUAAAUCCAAAAACCUUUUUAAGGCUGAGCUGGCUGCUUUAGCAUUAUUCGAGACAAUAGGUGUCAGACCUGUUCCUCGGGUAUCCGAAGUUUGCUUGCUGUUUUAUCGUGUAAUUCUUUCCACCAGCGUGGAAGUAAAUUAAUUCCAGCUGGAAAAAAGAGAGAGGAGUAUUUGGUAGGGCAGAGAGAACUCUGCUGCGGCAAAACAAAACAUGUGUGGUAUUAAUAUGCUAUCACAGUAGAGAAGUAAUCUAAUUUUGAUCAGCUGUGACCAAAGAUUGUUCAUCAUUAAUGUAAAAGGGAAUUAUUUUAAUGGAAAUUAUGUGCUCGGAUCAAACAGAUCAGCCUUACGCACUGUAGCUAACCGUCAUCUAUUCGCAAAAAGCAUGAAGAUAACUCUUGUGUUGAACUCCGCCUGCUGAAACCCCACGGAGAGGGUUGUUUCGUUCGUAAGGACAGUGUGAUUUCUUAAAAACACCCUCCCUUUUAUUUUUCAACUUUUUACAGAGCUCCCCCCACUCUCACACACACUUUUGGUGUAACUCAGAAUUCCUCCCUAACCUAGUGACAUUAGAAAGAAUACGGUCUUUCCGUAUGGCUGCCAUUUUACACACUUCGUUGGAUUUGGUCUUGUAGGAAGGAAACCAUGAACAUGCACAACGUCCCACUAGAACGGGGUCUUUGUUUGCAUUAAAUUCGCAAGAGGCCUUGGGAAGCAAUGGCUUGACUUCAUCAUACAGUCUCACGGCACUGCCCAGUAAUUUUGUAGGAUUAAUCAUCGUGACUGUUUCAGAGUGUGCUCAGUAUUCAUUCAUCAAUAGGGCUCCCGUUCCAUGAUGUAACCCUUUUCUAACAGUGGGCUCUAUUUAUGUGCGGUGGUGGCAAUCAAUUCUAGCAUAAUGCAUUGCUCGUCACGCAGCUUCCACUUAGUGUAGGUGUUAUUUUUAUGUACUUUUGGCGCAUUUAUCUAAUAACUGCCCGUAAUUAUAGUACAUCCGUAAUGGGAAAUAGAUUAAAGGGUGAUCAUUAGACAAUGCGUGAUAAAUUAUUGUUUGUAUGAUUUUAUUCCAGUUCCCCUUCUGCUUAUUGCCUGCUUUUUAAGCAAAUAAAUCAGAGUAGUCAUUGAUGAAUGGCAAAUUAGCAAUUUGCUAAAAUCAUGAUAAUGAGGUGGUGGUUAUGUCACAACUUCAUUAAAUAACAGUCCGGUUUAGUCUAAUGUACCUAAAUGUGUUAAUGGCGUUUCUGGCUUGUAGGGCUUUGUGCGGGCAUUUGUUUAUUUUUGUAACGGGAACUGCUUGAUCCUUAGUUCUUUGCCCUCGCUCGACCUGAUCCUGUUGCUGCUGCAGCAAGAUAAAGGGAGACAGAAGCCCAGUUGCCCCUUUAUAUAAAAAUAGAGAAGAGAGUUAAGCAUUCGAGUGUGUGACAAAACUGGAGGAACGGUUCUUGAAUUGGAAGAGGGAUGGAUGGAUGGAUGGAUGGAUGAUCAUCAAUAUAGAUAUGGCUGAUAUGGCAGAGGGUGGUUGUUUUUUAAACUUCAGAAAGCAGUACAAAAAUUGUGCAGGCAUUUGGGACAGAUGGAAGUCUUGUGUCUCUUGUCCUAAGUGAUGCUGGACACUACACAAGGACAGCCACACUGAGUGCAGUAGCUGGGGUUAAAGAUGGUCUUUUCGUAGAAACCACAAUUUGUGGUUUGAGCACAGGGGUGGAAAGGUGAAUUCCACGUGAGUGAUAUGUGACCUGGAGGGGAGUAUAUUUUCAGCAUUCUCUGUUAAAAAAAAAAGGGGGGGGGAGGUUGUAAGUGCUGGGUGGAUUCCUACCUAGAAGCUGGCACCUGUCUUCGAGGUGUUGAAACUGGCAAGUGUGAUUAGCAUUUCCCAAGUGCAGAAGGGUCCAGAGGAGGCCUUUUCAAGCGGGCAGCGCUCAUGGCAUGGGCACCAACAUUCUCACACUGCCAGGAAUGCAUCUUUGCAAUACUUGGUGAGACUGGCUCUUGCUGCAGAGUACAGGCAUCACCACACUUCCGGGCCCCACGUGCCUAAGUGAAAUCGCGAAAAGGGGGGAGCACCCUCUAAACAUCCUCUCCGUCGCUCUCCCUUCAAUCCAUACCCAAAAGACUGUAUCCAAAAAUAUCCACAACUAGAUAGCCUCCGGUCUCUUUGGGGCUUCCUCCCCCUUCACUGACAUCCUCUUCAGGCUCUGGGGAGGGUCUCCUUAUGAGGCACAAAGACUCUCCAGGUCUCUUUCCCCAUUUCCAGGUUUGGAUUGAAUUAUUUAAUCAUUUCCUGGUUCCGUGCAUAUAAGCGGUUGCAUGCGAGUCUAUCACACUUAAGUGUGGAGGAUGCCCCUAGAUGACAGGUGUGGAAUGACUUGGUUCUGCAGGCAACAAAUACGUUACACUACGGUGUUGUUGUUGUUUUAAAAAUCUCCCCUUAGAUCUCAACUCGUCAGUGUCCCAUCUCCCACCUUCCCUUCUCCAAAGUGAUUAACACUUUGAAGCCUUCACCCUUCUCCCAAAUUUCCAUACUUAUCUCCACUUGGAUUUUCUUCUCCAUCCUCCUCGACUGAAAAAAGACCUACCUGUUGAGAAGAAGCAUGUGGUGGUACAUCCCUCUUGGGAUAGUACAACUUCAGAGAAGGGAGGAAUGCCCACUUGAAUGCUCAGCCAUAUUUGAAAUUCCUUAUACUUAUGAAAUUAGCACAGCAGGGAGAGAUUUAACAACUGAAUUCUAUAUCUGUCUUUUCAGAAGUUAGCCUCAUUGACUUAUUCCCCAAUAAGCAUGUAUAGGAUUGCAGCAGAAGUAAACAUCCUUCUAGUCCUCUGUGUUGAGGGAGAUUUGUGAAACAUAAAGAAUCCUCCCCUCUUUCCCCAGAUUGGUAUAAUAGUUUUUAGGUAUAAUAGUUAUUUAUAAUAGUUACAUACGCAUUGCCCUGUGUUGCUAUGUUGGCAUGGAGACAAAAUUUAAUUGAAUGCAAGUUAGAUCAACAAUGUUCAUAACCUUGCAAUUGCAAAUCAUAAAAACAUGGCCAGGACUUCUUUGAGUUUCAAAUGCCUAGUUUUUCAAAUGUAAAGCAAACUUUACAUUAAAAUGAAUGCAAUGCAAAAAAAAAAAAAAAGUUUUAAAUUAUUCAACUUUGUUGAAAAAAGAUUUGGUUCUGCUCUAUCCUUCAAUGAUUUCUUCAGCGGUAUGAAGGCAAUAUGGCAAAUGCAGGAUUUGGGGCUCCUCUCAGAUAAAGGUAGGCAUGCUAGAGUCCUCUUAGGAUCAUUGGAAGUAUAGCAUUUGACUGUACCCUUAAACCCAUUGACUUGAGGGCAUUUUAUCACUCCUACAGAAGCAGAAUUAUAUAGUAGCAAGAGCUUUGGUUAUGGAUUGGGGAGACCUCAGUUUACAUCUCCUCUUGGCCCUGAAGCCUACUUGGUAUCCUAGUAGAUCAUGCCAUCAGUAGAGCACAAGAAUCUUAAUCUCAAGGUCAUGGGUUUGAGCAUCAUGUUGGGCAAAAGAUUCCUGCACUGUAGGGGGUUGGAGUAAGUGACCGUCAUGACCCCUUCCAACUCUAUUAAAUCACUACCUUUCAUAUUCACCUACCUAUCCUCCUCAUGAGGAUAAAAUGGGGUGGGGGAGUGUGGGUAGGCCCUAUGUAUGUCACCCUGAACUCCUUGAAAUAAGAAAUUGCAGUAGAUCAUAAAUAUAGAUAUAGCAGGAAAGGGGGAACACAUAGACGAACCACGUUAUGUACAGGGGGCAUGGUAUAAAUCAGGUAUGGAUAACUUUGGGCCCUCCAGAUACUGCUGAACUACCACUUCCAACAGCCUCAUCAAGCAUGCCAGUUGAGAAACAUCUGGAGAGCAAUUUCCCCCAGGGUAAAUAUACAGUCAAUCAGUACAGACAUCCCAUGAUUAUACAGCAGAACAUACAGGCAAUCCUGAUUUUGCUGGAGGCUCCAUUCUGGAUGUGCCUAAAUCGGUCGUUGGCUGUGCUUGCAUUCCAGGCCCAGUUCACUUUCCUAAAUAGCCACUGCUGUGCAUCAGAACAACAUGAGAAACAUAAACAGAGCGUAUAUAUUACCGCCUGUUGUCGCUUAUACUAGACAAAACACCAAGAAGGCGGCCGACACUCCAAAACAUUACGCUUCUAUCCAGCAGCCCAAACCUUUCACGCCAGUCCCUUUAUCCCCCGUUGACUAACUGGCCUGUUUCACUCCCCCAAGACCAAAGAAAUAGAGCUGUUAAAUGUAAGUGUAUAGUUAUAUCAGCCUUCCCCAGCCUCCAAAUUUUAUUAGACUCCAGUUCCCAUCAUCUCUCAUUGUUGGCUGGGGCUGAUGGGAAUUGUAGUCCAAAGGUUUUGGAGGGCCACCACAUUAUAUUAACAUACGUACUACUCUAGCAUGCAAACGCCUCUUGGAGGAGUGUUUUGCACGAGGCAAAACUUGUUUCAGUUUCUUAUGUUUGGGGAUAUUUUGGUCCAUUGUUUCAAAUGCAACCGGGGGGGGGGGGCGGAGCAGAGAGUAGUGGCAAGAGUAACCUGUGACCCUCCCCCCCCAGUUGUGCUUGGACUCCAACUGCUUUAAGCCCCAGCCACAACGGGCAAUGAUUAGGGAGUUGUACUCCUGCAACAUCUGGAAGCUUAGAGGUUCCCCAUCCUAGAGUUGAACAUUACUGACCAACAUACGCAUAUCCUGCAAGAAAACCCUCCCCAAAGAGAUGAAUCUCCUAAAUGGCAGGCAUACCUCUCACAGAUACAGAUUUGUUACUGAUCAGCUCCUCAAUAAGACAUGUCUCUUUGGUGCAGAAGAAGCAUCCUGAUCCUGCAUUCAAUGUCCUGGCGAUGUCUACAAAGACUGUAGAUCAGCCUUUCUCAACCUGUGGGUCCCCAGAUGUUGUUGAACUACAACUCCCAUCACCCCAAGCUAGCAAGGCCAGAGCUCAGGGAUGAUGGGAGUUGUAGUCCAACAACAUCUGGGGACCCACAGGUUGAGAACCGCUGCUGUAGAUGGAGUACCACUUCACAGUUGAAGACAAGGUGCUCAUGUUGCAGAGGCUGCCAAAUCGGGGCCACACCAAGGUGGGAAGCAGGAAAUCAACUUUUGUGUUUUGUUUUGUUUUUUUAAAAACAGAUGAUUGGAUUCUACCUAGCUUGUGCCCACCACACCUCUUCAUCUCCACAUGCUUGGAUGUGGUAGCGUUCUGCCCUUAGGUGUGCCUAAAAAUCACAGUGCCAGUAACUUAACACCUUUAUUUUAGCCAGCCAAUAAAUGAAGGUAUUAUUUUACCGAUGCUGCUUCUUCUAGAUAUCUGCUUCUUAUAAGGAAGCAGCACACAUCCCUCUACUGGGUUGUGCCCUUGUUCAGCGAUUUCAUGUUACUGAAAUGAAUAUAUUUGUUGAAUUCUCGUGCUUUCCUUCCUUUCUUUCAGGUACUCACUGCCAGGGCCUUUGCAGUUCAUCAUGAAACCCUCCACCGGUUUUGGAUGUAGCUCAUCUGGAAUGACUCGCUCCGUUUUGUUUACACCUAGAUACGACCACUCAUGA